GGGGCCUUACCAAAAGUAUUCAUACUGGGGCGGCCAGUUUUUAAUUUUACAAGAAGAGGCGAAAUUAUGGCAAAUUAUCGGUGGUCCAAUCACAAAGAGGGUCACUUAUAUGCAAAUGUCGUGUUAUCAGAGUCACGUCAGCAGCAGCGGUAGAGCCGCUGUGCCGUGGUCGCCAGCAGGAGUACAACUAACAACACAGUCACAACUUCGCCGAUAACACUCUCCCUGUAUUCACGUCUUGAGUUGAACCUCACUGUCCGUUUCAGGUAAGGACUGCCACUUAUCUCUGUGUAUUUUUAAGCGGCGUUACAGGCUGAGGGAGUUUGGUUUUCAUUCAGGCGAGGAGCUGUCAAAUGUCUGACAGUCAGUGAGUGGGGCUCGCCUCAGCUGUCUGAUGACACACCGCCUUGCUGAGUGUGUAUCUUCUCCGCAGGAGUGAGGCCGUUGACUUGACAAACUUGUUCGCACUUGUUUCCCGUAUGUUCGUACUUUAAACCCCCCAUGUUGUUCUUUCGCAAAGUUUGCCGGGUUGAAUUAAAAAGAAAAAACCGCGUGGCUCCUAAAUACUCCCAUUCGGUCCUUGGUACACGGUGGUCCUGAACUGACAGCGACCAGCCGGGCUUAGGCACAGCUUGUGGACGCGACAAGUCUAAGCCGGACCGUUUAGUUGGUAUCCUGACUUUAAACGCAACAGAAAGUCAGUGGGAAACUAACUGCUGGUUGUUUUAAUCAUGGACACCGUCACUGUCGACCUCUCCAUCCAUCUCCGGCCUCCUCCCCCUCCUCCUCCUCCUCUUCCUCAGUGAGGAAGCGUCACGACACCUCUUGAAUCCCGUGGCUUUCCUGGUGAAGCUCCGGUGAAGAGCACAUGGUAUCGGCUCUAACAGUUCGGGAAUAACGAGUACAUUUUGAAAAAAAUCAAAUGUCCCGCGUGCUUCUUCAGUUGUUCUCACUUGGCGAGCAGUUGCGCUGAAAAGUAGCGCAACAAAUUGCCGCCUCGUUGGCUUAUCAAACAGCGCGCUGGGCUGGCAGGAGCUGAAGCCAUUGCUGAUUGAAGAUGAAAGGAUGCGGCUGAUGUCAGGGGUGAGCCGGUGUCUUUUUUCAUGAUAGUGAAGAUAGAAACACACGAAGAGCGUGUUAAUAAGUGUUAAUUGACGGAUUAGUGACUAUUUUAAACAAUUCAAGAGUACUGAGGAGGCUAAUGUACCUCCAUUUUUAGUAACACUUGGUCCACUUUUUCUUUAAAAUCAAAAUGUGACAAACUUUUUGGUUGAUAUAACCAUAAUUUAGAUUUUCUCUGAGAUUAAACGUGUUGUGAAGCUGUUAAAUUGCUGUGCUCAUGAGUAGCUAAUUGAGCAACACAAGCCCUAGAAUGUCAUGGCGACCUAGGUACGGUAAGGCUCACAGGUGUCGUCGAUAUUGUGUUGCACGUGCUCACAACGUCAGUGUUUUCAAGGAAACAGCUGGAGGGCGGACAAGUCUGUGCCUCAAGGCUAGAUUGGGGGUGUUACAAGCUUAGCAGGGGCAUAGCAGACUCAGUUGUAUACUGCACUGAUACAUUGCCAGUGGAUAUGCUCAUCAUUUUUCUCAGACAAAAUGCGUGGAGUGUGUCUCUAUAUGGCACAUUAAGCAUUUGCUCCUGUUAACCCUUAAAAAUCAGCUGGGGGGAUAAUGAACGCCUUACUCCUCCUCACUCUGCAACCACUAUGAUCUCAGAUCUGUCAACUAUGAAUCCUGUUUCCAAAAAGUUGAUGUUUCAUUGAAAAGAUACGGUUCUGGCAGUGCCUUGUCUUUUCCUUGGCAUUAACUAAGGCUGUCUCACUGAUUUGUUUGUAAAGUUUAAAUGAGAAGCUACUAUCUUCAUUAGAGGUAGGAUAAAUAUCCCGUCGAUAAGACAUCCUUUUUUGAAUAUUAACAUUAUCUUUGAGAUGUGGCAGUCUUGCUCAUGUAAUAUUUUGUCAUUCGUGAGGCAAAUAUCACAUUCCAGGGGACUAACUUGUCAUGUUUUUCUUUGGAUGGAUAUCAUUUUGGCCAGUAUACUGAUGAUUUUUAACACACUCAACAAGAAAAACAGGAGGAACGUGAUAUUUGCCUCACAAAUGACAAAAUAUUACAUGAGCAUGACUGCCACAUCUAAAAGCUAAUUUUAAUAUUUGAAAAAGGAUGGCUUAUCGACAGGAUAUUUACCCUACCUCUGAUUGUUUUUCUUGUUGAGUGUGUUAAAAACCAUCAGUACACUGCCCAAAAUUAUAUCCAUCCAAAGAAAAACAUGACAAGUCAGUCCCCUCUCAGGAAAGUCCCAUGAUUCUCUAAUAAUUAGAAUAAUUAGCUAACUACUGAUGUAAAUCUGAAAUUAGAAACAUAACCCAGGCAGAAAAGAAGAUGGAUUUUGUAAUAGUAUGAAAACAUUUUUAUAGGUAACUGUUUAAAAUCCAGAGUGACAGCAUAUGGUCGAGUCUCAUGCUAAUUAGCCUCAGAAAUAACCGAAAGAUUCGGAAAUAAAAUGAGCUGGAACAUUUUUAAUCCCUGUUUUUGUCCAGGUGAAGGUUUAAGCUCCAAUGAGAAACUUUUGGUACGGAAUAUGCUUGUAAAGUGUCGUCCAGCAAAAAAAUCCUCAUCCUGCCGAGAUUUGGCAAUCAAAUGCAGCAUUUAUAGGGAGUAUUGAAUGUGGAAAAUGUAAAAACAGAGCUGUUUCUUCAGCUGUUCAGCUGACACCUACCCCCUUACAAAAGUUUCAGGCAUUACAAACAGCAGUGUCAAAACUCAUCAGCGUUGUUGUUGUUGGUCUUGUUUGCGUUUAUAUUUCAUAAAAAGGCACCAGUAUGAAUUUCAGUCUAAUUUGCAAAUAUCAAAAAAGUCCUCCAAGUCGAGCUUUUAUGCACUUCAGCUGGUCAGAUUAGUUUAAUGGUGUGGGUUUAUUGGGUUUUACAACAGAAAUCCUCUUUAUAGCUGAAACUCUAAAACUCUGUGUGUUUUGAGAGAAUGAAAACUGAAAAUACUGCAAUCUCACCGUUAUCUUUUUUUUACUGCUUGUGAACCUGAUGGAAAGAUUAAAUAUCAGGUUAGCUACUGAAAAUAAGCAACUCAAGAGUGGUAGACACUGGAGAAAUGUCUGUGUUCGUUUGUGUUUUUGUGGGCCUGGCUGCAUGGCAAGUCAGCAUAUAAUGACUGACCUGGGUAAGCCUCUGUCAUCUUCCGCUGGUCUGCGGUUGCAGAACACACAUGUACACGCACACACACCCACAAGCACACAAACACACAAAUGCAUACACAUACACACACACACACUCACGCUCAAAGGACCUCAUCUGCCUGUGUCCCUAGCUGUUGAAAUUCUAUCAGCUGUCUGCACCUCCCACACAUUCUGCAGUAGCAGGGCAGGCAGCUCCAUUGGUUGUGGGGGUUGGGGGCUUGAGGUGUGUUUUUGUGUUUGCGUGUUAAAGAGGAGGGGAGCACAGGAUGAGGCACCUGCUGAUGGCUGGUGGUUGGUUUGCACCAGCUGCUUUGACACACAAAUGAAAGGCACGGCCGAUAGAUAAUUGACAGCACCAAAUUUCUCUCAGAUCUUUUUAGCCCAGCUGUGAACUGUCAUUUUAUUCCCCUUUUUAUUCAAACACUAUCUACACAAAUGUUUGUUUUAUCAGCCAGCAAGCUUAUAAGUUUUGAGGUAAUUGGUGGUUAAGAAUUGAUCAACUGUAAAGAUAGAUAUAUAGAGUAACAAGUGCCAUUUCAUAUCAGGCUGUAGAUGAUUUGUGUUGAACUGUAUGUGUGAUGGCAGGGUGAUUGCAAACUGGGAUCUGAUUUUCAUUGAGAGACCAUGCAGUACUUUGCAAAAGCACACUGUUAUUAUGUUCUUGUGUUAAAUUUGUGUUUUAAUGUUUUUUUCACUCUGUUUUCGUCUAGGUGCACAAUAUAAUGGACAUGCUGUAGCUCUUCUCACAGUAAGGCUCAUUGCGACCAGCUUGGAUCCAGUGGGGUUUUGAAGGUUCCUCCUCACCUCCAGGUAUAGCCAUGGACUUCUUUAAUGACCCCAACCUCUUUGUUGGGGGUUUGGAUGGGCUAGAUGAUGAUGGCUUCCCCUCAGCACCUUCGCUUGUGGAUGAGCUAAACCUUGGCGCUGACUUUGAGCCCCUCCAAGUGGGGCACCUAGGUCCAGGGAAGCACCAAGACAUGAUGCCGUCAGUUUCAACUCAACAAACUAUGCCUGUGUAUAGUGAUCAGAUGGGUCACUAUGUGGGCGUUAAGGGGCAAAACCCAAUGGAACAGGCGUUUUCUGGUACUGGGGGCCAAGGUGGUGGAGGCCGAGGCAUGAUUGCAGAUCAACAUGGCCAGUACCACAGUGUCAACAUAAGCCAAGUACCUCAGUCCAAUGGGCUGUACUGUAACAGCAGCAGUCCAAUGUGGGGAAACCAAGACCAGAAUGGGAAUAUGUACCACCCCUUAUCUCAGCAGCAACAACAGCUUUGUCAUCAGCCGCAGCAGCAGCAGCAACUACAUGUCCGACAGCAACAAACACAGCAGCAACAGCACCACCCAUGCCAUCAUCCACAACAGCUGCAUCAACAGCAAAGCCACCGGCAACAGCUGUUAAACCAACACCAGCAACAUCCAAUCAACACACAGACUUUGUCUCUGCAGCAACAGCAGCACCAUAAUUUCUCCUUUCAUCAGGGAGCUCAUCCUCAGAGCCAACAGCAACUUCAUCAUUCUCAGCAGGUUCAACAUCAGCUCGCUGUAGGAGGACCAAGGUUCCAUUCAAGGGCUCUACCAAGUAAGCCCUAUUUGGAGCAGGAUAAUGCGUCUUUGGGUGGGGCUUGCUUACAACCACAGCACCAGCAGGGUAACUAUCAGCUGACUAGGGGAAGUCAAGCUUUCUCUGGAUCAGGACCCCAAGAUCCUACUUUGUCCUUUCCCAUGCAUUCAUCAUCUAUGGCUCACUCCUUGUCCACAUGCUCUGUCAGUUCCGCCACUGCUUACCAACCAGCUCAGUACCCUACAUACCCUGGAGAGCCUGAAAUCUCCCCUUUCUCACAGCAGUCCACAGCCUUAGCACAUAGGCCCACUACCACCACUGCACCCCUCGCCAAUACAGUGCCGGAGCUAUCGGGGGCAGUGCGUCAGUUCCCAUCUGCAGCUGUUAUGAGUCAGCAGCACACUAGGACACCAGUCAGCCAGGCAGAGGAAUGUCCCUUCCAGGCCCAAAGCACACCCGGGGAAACCCAGGGAAAUGGUGAGCCAACUGAGAUGUUUGGUGAAUCUAUGAGCUGCUAUCCCAGCAUGAUCAACCACCUGCCAUCUGAGCAGCCCCAGAGCUGCAGGGCCAACCACACUAAUGGAUACCAAGCACAGGGAAACAGUCUCCUGCAAUCACAAGCACAGGAUGGAGACUUGGAGAGCCUAGAGCCUCCUGACCUCCUGCCUGACCUAAUGCCCCAGCUGGAGGCUGCUCUCAGCCAACAGGAUGAAUCCAACUAUUCCUGGGCCAAGUCCAGCCAGGAGAGGGGAGAGGAAGAAAAGAAACCCAGACCUGUGGAGAUCAGAGGAGGCAAGGUAAUGUGAUGCAAAAAAAAUAAGUUUCGGCUUCAUUUUGGGGCGGUUUCAAACAUUAAUUUCCAAGUUUUGUAGUUUGGCCACAAUGCACACUGUUGGAGGAUGAGUGCAAAUAGGGUGAAAUUAACCAAGGGAUGCAGACACUGUCUUUGCAUAAAAGUCUACUUUACUAUUUGAGUAUUCCCUUGCUGACUUGAAGCUUUUUAUGUUUACUUCCCAUCACAGCAUGGCAGGGAAUCUGGUCAGUCAUGUAACGUUUAACUUUAACUAACUAUUCCAGAUAGCUCCAGUGCUUGUCUGGUAGGAAACCUGCAAUCAGUGGUGGAGAGGGGGGAGGUGGAGAGACAGCACCUAGAGCCAUCUGAAAGCUUUCUGAAUAUGAUAAUGGCCUGUCCAGCCUGGCCUGUAUCUGCCCUGUGUGCCGACAGCAGGUCAGGCCUGAUUAGGCUAAGAGUGGCAGGAGUGUCUUCAGGACUUAGCUGUAAGCAUACUUAGGGCUAUAUCAAGAUGUGGGUCAGGGCAAGCCAGAGGCACUUGCACACUGCCUCGCUGGAGUGUGGGGGAGGUUGCAUGCUGUUGUGGUAGCUGCCACUGUUUCUGUGUGUCUGUAUACGUGUGUUGGAGUGCACGUGCACUUGUGAAAGAGUGAGUUGGAAGAAAAGAGCAUGGUGGAGGAGGGUGGUUAGCACUAUGGGGGGAGGGGUUUUAGGAGAUGGAGGGAGCGGUGGUUCAUGGAAAAAAAAAGGAGAGCUUAUGAAAGAAAGAAAGGGAAAGAGACAGAGAGGAAGAGCACGAGAGGGAGAAGAGAAAAGAAGAGGGGGAGGUUGGGAGAGUGCAUUAGCUGGCUGUAACAGGCUUCAGGCGGUUCCUGGACCUCAGUUGGAUUGUAACCUAGCAGCAUCCGCGCAUCUCCUGUUUGUCCACAGUGUGUUUGCUUCAAAGAAGACAUGGUUUUCAACACAUCCUGGUAUUUCUGAUCAUAUCUGUUUGAUUUCAGCUAUGCCAUUAUUUAAUUAACAUACUGUACAUCGCACCACUAAUUACAUAAUAUGGCUCAAUUUGGCGGAAACAGGUAGCCUAAAACUGGACUCAUAUACAUGUUGAAACCUCACAGGUCUUUUCACAAGAAUUCUGUUUUUUUAAAUUGCCAGAGUGACAGAGUUGCUGCAAUUUCCAGUGUCAACAAUAAAGUAUUGUUUGACAUUAUCCUAAACAAACCCACCUUUUCAGUCUGCACCUACCCUGUUGUAGUAAAGUCAUAAGUCCCUAUAGUUUUACAGUAACAGUCUGAGUGAGUCUUUACAUUUUUCUAACAAUGUCAUCAUUUAGCAGCAGACUCAUCAGGUCCCUUCACCUGUGAAACCAAACCCACAACCAUGAGACGAAACACAACCUGUGUGCUGAAUACGGCCCCUUCUGUCCCCCACAAAUGACAACCACAGCAAGGUGACAACACAGCUGGUGGUCUACCCAACUGAGGCUCAUCUACAGCAGACAUUUACCCACUGCAGAGGUCCGUGAUUGAAAUGUGACCAUGUACUGCAGCCAUACGAGCCAGCCUCUCCCUGUCUGUGUCAACAUUCAGCCCUGUGUUGAUGCUUACAGGCUGACUGUGCUAUUCAUGUGCACUGAUGUGUGAAGAGCCCGCUGAUAGUGUGUUUGCUGAACAGGCAAGACAUCAGGGGAUCUGCCCACUCCUCAAUCCCUUGGUGAAUGUGGCUAAUUAGGAUUUCCAAUGGUUUAAUGGUCAGCUGCAGCUGUGAUGAGAACACACAGUUGAAGAUUGAGCAGUUGUCCCAGGUCACCAUAUUCAAAGAUAAAUUGGGGCAAAAAUAACAUUUUCUUUUUAUUGCUAUGGAUCAAAUGAACGGAUGAGUGUUUAACAAAAGCCUUUUUUGGAAAUAUUUUCAACCCUUUUGAGCUGGAUGCCAGUAUGAAACUCUCAGUUGUUCUCAUUGGAGUCAGCAGUGUAGCUUUAUGCUGUAGAUAGCCACAAAUUUUAGACUUUGUGCAUGUUGAGGUGACAGAAGAGAGAAUUUUGAGAUCGUACAAGUUUGUCAAAACUUUGUUGACAGUAAGUUGUUGUAUUUAGGAUUUUUUUGGCCAAAAUCAUGUUACCUGUGUAAUUUUCAAGGGCUUUUCUUCUGUGAAGCUCCAGUAGCUCAUAAGCAAUUCGCCUCUGAGUCGCAGCUGGAGACAAUGAUGCUCUGCACACUCCUCUUCAUGCUAGCUUGUAGCUUAACAUUGCUGGUGUAGUAGAAGUGGCAGGUAAUAUAGGAGCUAUGCAGCUCUCAGACACUAAUGUCUUUUGGGGCAGGAUGAAAGCUAACAUCACAAUUAGCUUUCUCACGAGCAUUGCAAUCAGCUGCUGUACACACUUGUUCUGCGACCGUCCUCUCUACUUCUCAGAAUCUGGCCUGCAGAGUGGGGGCAGAGCUUGGAUUUGUGACAGAGGAAAUCUCACUGUGUCUGAACCUGCUGUUUGGGUCUGUGAGAACUUCCAGGGUUUCCCCUAUAUGCAAUUGAUCGUGGCGUACCGCAUCUAUCAACGUGAAAGGUAAUGUUCAAGCUUAUACACGGUCUAUAUAGCGAGUAGCAUUAAUAGCGUUAGUAGCAUUAAUAUCAAUGCGGCACUAAUGAUUUCUACUUGCGCUGUGUGAGCACAACAACACACAACGUUAUUUUCGACUUGUUAUGAGUCAUCAACGAGUGCAUCAAAUCCUGUUGGACCCUCUUCCACUAAUGUGAAGGGUAACGUGUAAGCUUAUACACGGUCUAUAUUGCGAGUAUCACGGGUAACGUAAUGUGAAUGUAACAGUGUAGUUCCUGGAGCAGCAAGAGAGUGGGGGUAACAAUGACCCCACCACCACCACAGCUGAAAAAAAUUCUAGGGGAAACACUGGCUUCGCAGCGAUUUAAAUGAAGAAAUACUCAGAAAUGUGAUUUUUCUCACGAUGUGUCCUCUAGCAUCAGAGAAAUGCCAUAUGAACAAGUAGACAACAAGAAAAGCAUGAUUUUCAUCAGAGUGGAUCUUUAAAUUUGGGCGACAACAACUAAAAAAUAAGGUUAAGAAUAAAAGGCUUUCUCACCAGGCAUGUGCACACUUUGACGCGAAUUGAUGCUUGAUGUGUGUAGAGGUCAUGCUUUCACACAAUUGUAAUGCAGUUAGCUGAGAUAGCUGGAGCUAAUGGCUCUUCUCACAGUAAUUAGUGUCAAUUUCGUGUUAAAAUGGAUUUAAGAGGGUGUUGAUGAAAACAAAAGUGUUGAGGUUUCAGAAACUGUUCUGUAACUAAUAUGAUCUCUUAAAAACUACUGCUGUUAUCACACUUUACAUUAUUACAGCUGGGCAGAAUUAAAAUUCCAUGAUAUUAUAAAGGUCUGGAAAAGAGCCCCCAUGUGUCACCCCCAUAGUGUGACACCCCUAUUGCAUUUCUCAGCAACACAAGAAUUGUCUUCAGAAAUGGGUAAAACAAUGCGGCAUAUGCUGGUCCAGAUUUAAAAAAAAAAAAAAAAAAGAUUUUUCUGCCAAAGAAUUUUCUUCAUUGUCUGUAAGCAGCUUAGUUUUGCAGGGUCUGAUCUGAAGCAAACCACCAUCACCUCCUGAAGUUUGUGGCAUGGUGGUACGGUUUGUAUCAUACAGCAUCUCUACUGAGGCAGGCUGCCAACUGGGAAAUGUGUGUAGCGCUGCAAGUUGCACGAGAUAACUGAAAGCUGGAAACAGCUGCUCGUAAGCUGCAAUAGCAGCAAUAUAGAACUAAUUUAAAGAGAUAAUCAGAGAUACUAUUUAAAGUCUAUUCUGCCCAGCCUUACUUUGAGGGACUUUUUCCUCUAGACUGAACCAUGAACAUGCAGUCGGGGUUUGUUGUCAAUGAGAGAUCUGUGUCUUCCUUACGUCUUGUGUCUUGUUUCCUUGAUCACAAUCCCUCCGGAUCUGUUUGAGCUAUAUAAAGCUACAAAUUAAACUAAGCCCUGAAGGCAUAGGGGAAACUGGUUCUGAAGAUUUGUGGGGCAACAGCACACUCAAAAGCACUCUGAAAACACCUCUUCUUGCCGUACACAAACCAGCAUUCUGGUAUCAGUCCUACGGAGUGAAUCGGUGCACAAGGAGCCAUAUUCAAAGUCACAUGUGCCAUUGUGUUUGUUUGGACACAAGAAACCUCUGACUGAAUGGACUGCUUCACUCUUGAAUGAGUGCUGCAUAGCUGUUCCUCAAUGAUGUUUAUCUUUUACUAUAUUGAAAAGGACUCGAGCAUAGCUGAGUGGAUAUUUUCAUGCUUCACAUAUAAAAUGCACUAAUAGAGACUUGACUUGCAUAGAUUUACAAUUGAAAGUCUUUCUCUGUUGACUUUUGGCCUUGCUGUCGCUUGGAGAGUCAAGUAUUUCUGAUUCGAUAUGAUUUUUAGUCGCAUUCAGCUUUCCUCUAUCCUUGGACAUCUCUACAUUUCUCUUUAGUCCCUCUUGUAUUCUACGAAAGCUCUUUCACUGACUUGUUUUGCAAUCUAUUCCCUGAUACUAACUCAAAGUUUCUGUACUUUCCAUCAUGCUUCAAAUGGUGCAAAUGCUUCUUUUGCUGACCAGAACAAAAACAUGGACGGUAAUGGAGACUGAUGGAUACUGAUGGCCUGAGCUGCUCGCCACCACAGCCCCCCUGGCAGUGACACUGAGCAGUGGCCUCCUCCCUGCCUGCUUGUGUUGCUGGGUUAGAUUUAUUAUCAGACUGGGUAUCACUGCUCACUGCUCGCUACCUUGCCUUGGCCUCUGAGCUGUGUCACAAAUAAGUGACUUAGGAUAUGUUCAUGUGCUCUUGGAAGAAGGGUUGGCAGUGUAUAAGUGUUUGAUAUAACACCUUCCUACCUGACCUCUCUCAGGUUUAUAUAACUCUUUAACAGACUGAGCAGGCUAUGCCAUAAUCAGCCCUGAAACUUGACACCGUGCAUCACCCGGGCCCUCACCCCACCACCCACAUACAACACACACACACACACACACACACACACACACACACACACGCAUUUUGCAUGUGCGCAUACAAAAACCCUCGGGAAACUUGCUGCUUCAGUGGCUGCAUGGUGAUAGGCUGUGUCAUUCACACACUUUCUCUGAUCACCUCCCCCAACAUCCAUACACACUCUCUCUAUCUCUCUCUCUCUCUCUCUCUCUCUCUCUCUCUCUCUCUCUCUCUCUCUCUCUCUCUCUCUCUCUCUCUCUCUCUCUCUUUUCCUCUGUCUCUCUCCCUCUCCCUCUCUCCCUCUCUGGCGUGCUCUCUCUGUCAAGUGUUCUGUCUGUUUGCAUCCGGCCCCAUUGGCUUGUCUGUUUGGAGGCCUGCCAGAUAAGAGGCGGGAGGCGGGGGAUAACGAAAGGGGUCAGAGGUAAACAGGAAGUCAGGCGGUCGUUGCUAUGGGUUGGAAGAGGAGGGCUCAGUGGAGGAGGCGGGGGAGGAGCUGGGGGAGAGAGAGAGAGUGAGUGUGAGAGAGAGAGAGAGAGAGAGAGAGAGAGAGAGGGAGGAGGGAAUUGUACUUGGAUCGAGUGUGUCAGGAGCAUGUGGGAAAGCUGCCAGCCCAAAGUGCACAGUAGGUCUGAAUUUCAAGUAUGCUCUUUUAUUCAGCUUCGCUGUCCUUCCCCUCUCUCUUGCCUUUUUCUCUGGGGAUUAAACGGCUUUGAAUAUUUUUUAGGGGUGAUGGUUGGGUGAGUGUUUGCUCAGCAGUCAAAUAUGGUUGGACUUUUUGAGAGUAUGUGACUGGAAUGUUUUUUUUGGUUGUGUCAUGACACAACCUUCUUUGACUGGUUCUUUGUUGACAUUUGACCGGCAAAGAAGCUGAGACCACCUAAGUGUCCCUUGGCUUUGGAAAACUCAACACUCACGCAAGGAAGAUGAAAUGGGAACCAAUUGUGAUUUAGUCUUAGUUCAGAGUUCAACAAAGAACUGUAAAACAGCACGAAGGAGAAAUGCAAUGACCCCUUUGUCCUUGUGGUUUCAAGUGGCACAAUGAGUUUCAUAUUGUGGCGUAAGGAAAGGAUAUUUGACAAAAUAAUGUCAUAAAACAUCUGGAUAAUGAGUAAAAAUCUGAUAAAGUUCUCUAGAUUACAGCUCCUUCAUUCAGCUGCUCUCUUGGACUUGAGACAUGUUUCUUUUACACAGUUUGACUUUGACAGAACUUAAUGUCGGUCACAUUGUCAACAGAGACGACGGUUGGCUUACUGGUUACUGAUUUCUAAGAUCAGCAAACAGGUUCAUGUCAGUAGGAAGUCAUUAGCUAGUUGCCAUGGACGCCAGCCUUGUAAGUCAAGACUUUGUUUAUCAAGUGUCACGAUUGCAUUCUAUAACACUUGAGUCCUGUUGACACAACUACUCAAUCGUUUCAGCGUCAACUGCUGAAAAAGAAAGAUCACAGCGGCUAGCUUUUUUUCCAUGUAUCCGUCAUCACUCUGUUCAUAGUGAGCUCAGUUACAGUACUGCCUUACAGGCCAACAAAAAUAGUAAAUUUGGAUAAACGGAGUAAAAAACACAAUAUUGGAAGUAGAGAUUUAAAAAAUAGCUGGAUGACAUUUUUUAAAGCCUUUAGGAUUUAUUUAGAUAAUUCAUUAAAAGUUCCCCUCAUCCACUCUUCUUGUUUGUAAUGUAUGCUUGUUUUUAAUCUUGAUAAAGCGCUGCAUUAUACGUGGUUAAACAGGUGUCAAAUAUUGUGCAGUCCGCCUUGAAUUUCUUCGCUUUGAGGAUUUAAAUGUGCUUUGUCCCAACACUAGUGUAACAACAACACACCAAUCUCUUCAAUAGGAGCUGGAAUAGCUCCGUUAGCCUGAUGUAGCUUUUUGCUGUGAGAGCUCCACUGUGUGUAGUAGGAAAUGAUUCAUAAAACGGAAGAAAACAGUGUUUCUUUAUAUACUGGCAACAUGCAAAGGUUGAUUAAGUCAUGCAUGUCUGGAAACUUCAGAUUCUAAGUUAGCGACACAGUAGAACAGAUUAACGGUAAAGAUCACUGUCUCUUUUUGAGUCAUUGCCCACAGUGUUCAGUAGUUGGAGAGCAUACGUUUGAGAAUGUUGUCUAUAAAGUGUUGGAUGUUAAAUUUGAGUAACACCCUGUUAAAGUUAUUUGCUGCUUGUGCACAUUUAGUUUUGUAUAACAUUUAACUAGUCAUAAACAUUUUACUCUAUUGAGCCUGAGUUUAAUUCAAAUAUAAUCCAGAUCAAUUUAAUGUUUAAUCCGAGUCUGGAUUCUGUAAAGCAGAAAAAAAGGGGAUAAAAAAUACUCUGAACUCACAUGAUAAGAUUUUCACAGUUUUAAAGUUUCUUUAAAAUUGAUUGUGCUGUCCAGAGACCCAGAGUCCAUUGAAUUAUAAAGAUACAGAAACGGAAUUACAAUUGACACUUUGAAUACUAAGGCGUUGCAAGCGUAAUAGUGCUGAAACAUUUUUUUUCUAAAUAUGUUCAAAUAAAGCCGCAAUGGUAUUUUUGCCAAAUUCACUUUAAAAACAGUAUUAGCACAGUAUUAUAGUUUAACAUAAAGAGCCGUUAACUAACUCCUUCCGUCCACUAAUAAAUCACAGAAAAGAGCAUGACAGUCAACUUGUGCUUGAAAAAAAAACAGACAUUUUGAUUUAAAGAGACAACUCAGUGUUCCUCAAACCAUCUGUCUUUCUCACAGUUUUAGUUGAUUUCUGUUAUCUUUUGUAAAUCAAUGCGAAAUUUGAUUUGUUUCGGGUUCCUCUGGUUUUAAAUUACUAAUUACCCAGAUUCAAGCUUACCUGAGACUUUCUAAUUUUGCACCUCGACAGUGUGGUAGCUCUGAUUUGAUCUGAUUCAUUUCCUGUACAUGUGUAAGUGGUGUUUUGUGAUAAGGCAUCUGAUUAGUUUCCUUUAAUAGUAACACUGUGGUGUAAAAAUAUACUAUGGGUAAAGUUAAAAAAAAAAGAAGAUGCAUCACUGGUAUUCACACUCAGUUUUAUAAUCAGUCAAAAGAACAACGUUUGGCUUUCUUUUUUUUCAUCCAAUGUUUUCUUUGUCAUCACUGGAGGCGUGUCAUCUGUGUCACACUGAGCCGCCACUCUGAUUGUCACCACGAGUGCCUGUACUCACAUGAGUGGAUUUGAGAGUAUUAACAGCCACAAUUGGAUGAAAUGCAGAAACCAAAUGAUACCAAAUUAAAUCAGUCCUCCUUGAACAGCUUCCUCUGUCACUUAAGGCUGCAAAAUCUUCAUCUCCUCUCAUCCACAAAUAAAUCACAGAAAAGAGCAUGACAGUCAAAAUUGUGCUUUAAAAAAACCCAGACAUUUUGGUUUAAAGAGACAACUCAACAUUUUCAAACCAGCUGUCUGUCUCACAGUUUUAGCUGGUUUCUGUUAUCGAAUCAAAGUGAAAUUUGAUGUGUUUGUGGUUUCUCUGGUCAUAAAUUUUCAUUUGUUUGUUGUUUGAAACUUGCAUUGCCUCUACUAUUCCAGCCUAGCUUUACUCCACAGACAGUUUGGUCCAUUUAGCAGGAGAUUGAAAUCAGAGCAGGGGAAGAGGAAUCCCUGCCUCAUCCUAUCCUCGAGGCUGCAGGACGAUUACUGACUCGCCUUGUCUUCCUUGUGUGCAGAGUUGCUUUUUUACGCCGGCGUUGGCCUUGCUCUCAGUUUGCGCCGCUUCGAUAAUGAAGGAGUUGUAAAGGUCUGGCAGUCAGCCCCUCUCUGAAUUCCCUUCUUUUUCAUCCUUCCCCUUGCUCACGGUCUCUGUCUGGCUCGCUCUCUCUCCCUCUUUUUCCCUCUCUCUUGCUCUCGCUCCCUCUCUCACAUCCUCAGGGACCUCCUCUCAGCUCCUCUCUUUAGUUUGAACUGAUGUUGCCGUUAAUGAAUGGCAUCAUCCGGCUUGCUUGUUUUGCACAAUUCAGCUUCACAUCACUGCCUGGUGUCUGACCUGCUGUACCAUCUCUCAGCGUGCUGCGUCAUUACACAGAACAUCCACGACUAAAACAAGACAUGGUGGAGGUGGUUUACUGUUUCUAUUUGUAACACAGCAUAUUAUCUAUAUAGAUAAAAAAAAAUUAAAAAAAAUUGGGUGGCUCAAUAUGCAAAUCUCUUUCCUGAGGGGCAGAUGAAUCAUAGAACACCUGUCACUAGUUUAGAGGGCCAACAGUACUUUCAGGUCAGUUUUGUUUGCAGGAGAGUAUAAUUUUAAAAAAGUAUUUUCACCAAUUUACUAUUUUUUGAUUGUUAAGACAGUAGUUGUAAUUUUUGAGGUUUUAGUUGUUAUAGGUUUUGCCACUUUUUCUCUGGUUAUGAUAUUAUUGUAUUCAGCAACAGGACUGGUGGCAGCUUAAACUACUCAGAGCAAGAAGUGGUGUUUUGAUUUUACAAAGGACUGUGUAAAAAAAUAUUCAUGAACAAAAAUGUUAAUGAUUAAUCAAAAUUUUCCCCUCUAAGAGAAAAAAAGCAUCCAACUACGAAUUCAUUUAUCGUUUGGGGGCAAUUCAGAGAGUUAAGUUGCGGUAAAAAGGCAGAACUGAUUUUGAAUGAAAGCUGCAGCAGUCACCUCUAAACAAAAGUCUAUUAGUGUUUUAAAAGAGGAGAUUUGCAUUGAAACUAGGCACCACUGUUUGCUGCUCAGUAAAUCAGUGAAUCAGGAAUCAGCUGCUAAUUGUGAAGAGUGUCCCUCUAUGGAUGGAUGGCAUCUCUCUUUCCCUUUGGCUGAUGCUUGCUCUUUAUUGCGCACCAUGCUGACCCCUAAAAUAUCAUCUCGGAUCUUGCUGAGUGACUACCCUCUGAGUCGACGCUUAAAGGAACAAGAGCGGUAGAAGGCCUCGUUUGAAAAAUCACUGCUCUUCUCCAUUACUGGGUCUGAUUGACGAACUAUCAAACCUGAGUCCCAGCUGUUUGUCUCUCUGAGGCUGGUGAUCCAGUUGAGCUUUAUAUGGAAGCAAAUUUAAAUAAAGACUUAAGACUUGCCCUGAAGUAACUGGACUAAAUCAAUAACACCAGGGCUUGUCAGAUGGUACAGCAGGUUAUUUAUGACUGCUCUAACUGGGUUUAAAAUUUAAGAAAUGUGUGUUUUUCCUGUACUGUCUCUGAUAUAGCAGCUACCACACAAAGGUGAUGAUGGCAGACGUCUUCUCUCCUUCUCAUGCUGCUCUCUCCUCACAGUCACCCCCUAGUGUUCAGUUCUGUCCCAGCAAGACAAUUAAGUACAACGUGCUGCACCUGUAACACCUCACACGGAUCUCUCAGCAAUCAUGAACCUUUUUUUGUUAGGAGUUAUGCUGAACUUGAUUAACAGCUGAAUAAAUUAGCUAAUUACAUAAUUAAGAGCUAAUAUGCCGUCAUCAUUAAAGACUGUUGGAUUGGAGUCGCUUAAGACUGCAGCAAGGAUGUUCUCCCAGCUCAAAGUGUACUCAUUGGUUACUUUAAUCUGCUGUACUCUUGCUUUAUUUACAAGGCAUUUACAUAUAUCUUUACCCCGAAGAAGGGGGAAGACACUGGGUGUUUGCAUUUGAGCUGCAAUCAUGUUACUGUGUGUCUUUAGACAAAAGUGUAAGGCAUGUAAUGAUGAAAUAUUCACGGCACCAUAGAAUGCAGCACCAGUAUUAAAAAAGUUAGGACGCUGUGUUAAAAGUUGAUAAAACAGAAUUCGAUUGGUUAUCAUUCAAAUUAUUUAUCAACUAUUGACUUUCAUUGGCUGAUGCUGUUACUGAUAAUCAUAGGUCAGCCCUAGCCAAAAUAUAAUGCUGAUAGCCUGUUGGUGUAAUUUUGCAUUAUUCUACACAUUAUGGAUGCUUUAUGUUCACUGUCAUUUAGGAUGGGAAAACCUGUUAUCAUUUUAAGAAGGCAUGGCUGUCAUAGUGCGAUACAAAAGCACAGGCCUCUUAAUUUUACCACCAUCCCAAAACUGUCCUGAAUCAUAUUUUGAUACUUAAAUAUUUUGCUGUUUUUUUUAUCAGGUUUUUUUUAUGUUCUCAUUUUAAAUUUAAUGCCAUAUUCAAAACAGGCCCCAGUUUACCAAUGAGUUGCAUCACCUCUUUUUUCAACACUGUAAACAUUUAGGAACUCAGUAGACAAGUCUCUUGAGUUUUCAAAGUAAAAUUUUGUACCAUUCAGGAUUUCAGCUGCUGUACAGUACAAUACAGAGACACCGUCAUUGUAGUUUUUGUUUUAUAAUGGGCCAAAUGUCUCUGCCAAGUUGGGACUACACCUGGACUCCUCUGCUGCGUCACCAUGCUGUUGUGUUCGGUGCAAAAGAUGGUUUGGCUUUUUUUUGUUGUUGUUGCUGAAAUACACAAGGUCUCCCCUGAAAGAGGCACUGUCAGGAUGGUGGUUCAAAAGCCUCUUGAAAAAGUUUCAUAUUUAAUGCGGUAAAUUGCAUCUUUAUCAAAAACAGGAGAGAUGUGCUGUCAGACAUCUCUCUCUCUCUGUAUAAAAACCUGCAGCAGAAUAUGUGUCAGGUGCUCCAGUUAAUUAGAUAAAAAGGACAGAAAACGAUAAACCAAUAGAGCCUGUCUAAUAAAUGGAUGGUGUAUGGCGAUCUCAUAUGGGAAUUCACUUGUAUGACCAAAAAUACUCUCGGUCUGCCUGUCCAGUUAUGGUCAAAGUGUGGGAAACCUCGUGUUAGCUUUGUGAUGCUGAAAGAAGUUGAAAUGUUUUCUGUUAUGACUACACAGCAGAGUCACUGGUAUGCUUUCCUUGAUCAGUUGGAGAGUAAAACAGCAGCAGAUAAAUGAAAACAUUAUUCUGUUGUUUUCCUCCAAAAAUCUUUUUUACAAGCAGCCCACACCUUUUCUGUGUUCUCAUCUUGACUACCAUGUUUCUUCAUGCAUAGCUGUUCUGAGGCUGUGUGCUCACAGUGGAGCAGGCCAGACUGUUGUAAUAAUGCUCUGAUAGACUUGCAGCAGCUUCUCUGCAGGGCAACAUGCUCGGCCCAGCUACUCUUGGCCCAGAAUAAAGAAUCAUUAAUGCAUGGUGCUGUAUUUAAUUGGUUGAGGAGGCAUUGCUGUGCAUCACGUCUCCUUUCAUUUAUCAGCCCUGCUGCUGCUGCUUUUACACUCCAGUGUGGAGACACAUUGGCCCAUAGUCACGGGCCUAAUUAGUGGGGCCUUAUCUUUCUUUUCACACCUAUACUUAAUAGUUUUACCAACAAAGCCAUAGGUUUGAGAUCCGGUGAUUAGGCCUGCCUUUGCGAUAUUUUUAUCUCUGAGACGACGACCAAAGGCCAAGUCUAUUGUGAGUUAACGGCACUGAGAAAUCUUUCACAGUAAGUGUGAAGAGUGAGGAAAAAGGCUCAACAAAGGUUCAAGGUGAAGGUGUUUAAACAUGACGAUCAAGUCUAAUGUUUGCAUAUUAUCUUUGUUUUUUGUGGUAUCCUUUCAAGAGGUGUUUCCCAACGUAAAGUGACUUUAAGUCUGUGACUUCAACUCCAUGACUUACUAUUGAUGAAAUUCUUUGUGAAAUUAUCAGAUCUCUGUGUAUGAGAAAGUGGAAGCUCAGUGUGGUCUCUGAAGCACCGGUGAGUGCUAGCCAUCUUGUAAUUUUCAGCCUGUGUGAGCUCUAGGCUUUCAUUUUCCUAAUGGUGACUCAGAGGAGACUCUCACUGUAGUACUGUUGAGGAAAAAAAGAGCUGCACUUAUUAGCUAAUACAGUCCCUUUGAUGAGGAACUAAUGGCGUGUACUGAGACAGACACCUGUGCCUCUAAAGCCACCAUGCCUCGUUACACACACACACACACUCUCUCACACACGAAUACACACACACACAAAAUUUUCCCUCUUGCUUCCUUUAACCAGCCCUCCUUUUCUCCUCCCCUUCCUCUUCUCCCCUCCCCUCCUUUUCCUCUGCCCUCCCUCCUCUAUUCUAAAACGAGGCCACACCCCCUCAUACAGAGCUGCCAGACUUGUUUGCAUAUUAACUGUUUAGUUGCCAAGUGGCUGUGUGCCAUGUGACUGUAGGAGCAUGUGUUGACUGUUAUUUUCUUUCCUGUGCCUUUCUUUCUCUCCUUUUUCGAAACACACGCUCAUCUUACCCGUGAAAAAGGAUUGUUUUAUUCUGCAAUAAUGGAAAAAUAUGAUUAACUCCUUCAAAGGAGGUGUCAUUCAAACUUCCUAAAUGCCUACCUCUCUCCUGAAGGUAUUCAUUUUUAUUACAGGAAAUAGAUGAUACUCACCACUUUUUGAGUGAAGGUGUUUUUCACCUAUUCCAGACUUUAUGGUUCAGCGUUAUUGAGAUUUAAGAGGAUAUAACCAAGUACACCUAAUAAUGAACACUUUUCUGUCAAACUGUUAAUGCGAGAAGAGGAGAUUUUAUAAUCAUAACUUGGGGAAAAGAACAAGUGCCUGCUACUGUGUGUACAGUCGAAGCUCACCCCUUACCACAGUACCCAGGUGGGCAUUAUCUGUAGGUGGAUAUGUUUAGCUUGGAGAGGAAGCUCAGCUCUCAGUAAGCAUGUGGUCUGUUUUAAAGUCCAGAGUCCAAGGCCUGGCCUGGCAGGUGGAUCUACGGCCGCUCACACUUGGAAAGGAAGGCCAUUGUUGUGAUCACAUGGCAGUCUCUGUCUCUGUAGGAGAUAUAAAGCUGUAAAACGCAAAACUGCGCACCUGAGUGUGAUAAUGAGAGAGCUUUCGCAGCAAAGAUCACACCUGGCUGUUAGUGUUGAUUCCCCCUCUUCUUCUUUACACACAUAAACACUGAAUAUAGACACAUUAACCACACCAUUCCAGUUGGUCAGCUGCUUGAAACUUUAUUGAGGUUAUCUGCUCAACAUAAAAUCUUUGGUCAUAUUGUUUUGGAGCCGGCACAGUUCACCCACAUAAUUCACACCAUGCGGGCUGAGAGGGAAUAAAGCAAUAUGAUACAUAAAACAAAAAUAAAACAAUAUAACAUAUGUUCGUUUAUAGACGUUAGACCCUUCAAAGAAAACAACAAGAGGGACAUUGUGGAAGAUACACUCUCUGUAUAUGUGUGUGUAUAUAGUGCAUGAUCAGCUUCACCUGUCAGGUAAUGUGUAUUGACUUGAAUGAUGAUUUCUCUUUAGAUCCCCACUCAUUGUGUUUCUUGUUUUUAAACCAAAGCUUUUGCCCUUUGUGGCUUCUUGCUGCACAGGCAGCAGUUCUGUCCGGGACUGUACAGCUGACUUAUGGGCAGCUGCAUGCAAAGCGAACAGUGUUUUGACUGGGAAGAAGCCUCUCAGCAGCUGAUCUGGCAGAAUGAAGAAAGGUUUUAAAGCUGAUGGGGUAUCUGUUGGGAACUCAGGCCUGACCCAGUAGUGCUUUGCUCUGCACCUGGCUUGAGGCCAGCCUUGUGUCUCUGCAUACUCCCAAUACCAUGUGCCAGCCGGUGCACAUGGCUCCUGCAUUAUGGUGACAGGAGUCCCCUGAGAAGCUGGUCGGCUCCUCCAAGAUCUCUUCUGGGGCACAGAAACAUCACAGUUUCUCCACUUUUUUUUCAGUUGUAACAGGCCGACAAGGCCUUGACCUCUCCAGGAUUAAGGUUAGACGGGUUACAUGUCAACCAUUAGAUCCUGGAUAUGGUAUCUUACAGAGUAAAGGAAAAGAAAGUCUGCUGUAUGCUGUGUUCAGAGGGAGUUUGUUAUCUAAACAUUUGAGUGUGACGUUCCUCCACAAACCAAUCAGCAAAUCAUCAGCAGUGACCUUCACGGGUCCAAAAUAAAGCGUCAAUGUUGACAAUCUGUGGUGUGGGCGAAAUCCAGUACUUUGGGGGUUAAGUUGUGAAAGUUAAUGUAAUAACUGCUAGCACCAUCUGCUGGCCUACUUCCCUACAAAGAGUGAGAGAGUGAGAGAGCGAGUGAGUGAGCAAGAGAGAGAGAGUGAAAAACGAGUCUGGGUUUUAACGACAUCUCUAAUAUUCAUGCUGAUGCAUUUUGCUGCUUUGUGCUUUCAUUUUCCGCCGCUCUGCCUGCCAGAGUCUCGAGCUUGCCACACACGCCCCAGCCAGGGAGAAGGGGAGGGCAGCGAGGGAGAACGAGGAGAAAGACAAGUGGGGAAAAGGAGGAAAAAACAACCAUCCGAACAAGCAAGCAAGCUGACACAAAAGCCUUUUUUUUGUGAGCAAUAAAUGGAAUAACCUACCUGGUUGGUGGGGAAGGCGAGGAGAGGUGCUAAAGGGGAAACAGCAGAGCGAAAAGAGUGAGAAAGACUGAGAAACACGAGGAAACGGCUCAGAGGGAACGGAGAGCGCACACGAAAGGCAGGCGGAAAGAGGAAUCAAUGAGAGGGGAGGAGAGAGAGGAGGCAGGGUAAGGCAACUCUGACACACACACACUGAGAAAGAGUGAGGGAGACUUGGAUGAAGCCGGACGACGGCGAAGCAGCACGCAGCAGCAGAAUGAGAGCUUCCUGGACUGCCACGCACCUCCUCUACCGCCCACAGCGCUGCUCCCUCAUCACCCUGUGAAGAGACAAACGAGGGCGAGAGAGCGAGCGAGAGAGAGAGAGAGGGAGAGAGAGAGAGAGAGCUCCCAUGCGCUCCUCUUGAGCCCUGCCCGCUGGGGGAGGAGGAGACGAACGGCUCCGGCGCUCUCGCACUGCCUGAGGAGAGAAGCUGACCGGGGAGGAGGAGGGGAGGCAAAACCAGGAGCGAGGGAGGGGAGGGGGGGACAGCGCGGCUCUAGGAAGAGUGAGAGAAAACGACUGUUGGAAGGGGAAAAGAGUGAGUGUGUUUGUAAAAAAGGGGAAAGCCUGAGCGAGCAACAGAGAGAGGAAAAAACCCGGCGAAAGGGCAAGGCUUUUGUUAGCCGGUUGGAGAGGGGGGAGGAAAGAGGAAGAAAAAAAACACCAUGUCUACAGUGAAGAGGCCAAGAGGAAGGGUAAGUGAGCUGUUCUGAGAUCUGGGAGGAGGGAGGGACGGGGGGGUGGUGGGGAGGGAGGAGGGGCCGGCAGGAACUGAACAACCUCCUCUGCUACUGGCUCAUGCUGCACUGCCGCCAUCUUGAACUCAUUGCUGCUUUAUUUUCCUCCCCUCCAUACUCAUAUGCUCUGCUGUGCUAGACCGUAUCAAGGCACACUUUCCCAACCCCACCCCCACUGUCUGCUCAUUCCAUACAUCCCAUUCCUGUACUCUUCUGAAUUCCUCUCCCUGAGCUGCUCCUCACUGUACUUUGUGUAGUGAACGCUGUGUGAGUGCGUGUGUGUGUGAGAGUGUGUGCCUGCGCGUGUCCUCUAGGAGUUGAACCUGUCAGUCAGCAGAGCACUCACUACAUGUGGAAAUGAGGGGGUGAGAGCGAGGGAGAGCUGGUCGCCCCAAAUGGAGCUCACUCUACCUUCUCAUAGGCUGUAAUGGUCCCCACCGUUUCCAUGGGACUACGUGCUGCUCGAGAGAUUGAAAUCACUGCAGUGCUGGCAGGCUGUAAUUUCAGUUAUUUAUAGAUGUAUUACACAGCUGCAGUGCUCUCAGAUUUGGUGCAUUUUAUCUUUUCUCUCCCUCUCCUUCCCUCUCUCUCUCUCUCCCUCUCUCUCUCUCUCUGAUAGGAGCCUAUUUUCAUUUUUUUUCUUCCGCUUGCUGCCUUUUUCAUGUGCUCUUCUGCUCUUCCGCUCUGAAGCAUUACUUUCAACCCCUCCCCCUCUCUUUUUUUUUUAUUUUUUUUUUUUACCUUUUUACUUGAAUGGGAACAUUCCAGUAAGAAUCAGUAAAUAUCUUCCUAAUAGCCUCAGCGCUGUUGCACACGUGAAGAUCAUAAUGCAGGUCUUGUGUGUGCGUGUGUGACUGUGUUUCACCCCUUCCUUUCAAAUGAAUUGCUACUUACUCAACUCCCUCCCCCAGUUUGUUGGUGAGGUUCAAACUAAUUCUCUUUACUUAGCUAGCUGUGUGGAAAAAAAGCAGCUGCCUGUGCUGAGGCCAUGUAGGCAUACACAACACAUUUUUAGAUUAGGUCAUCCAUUUAUGGGUUCCCUCUCUGCCGGGCCCAAGGCCCACCUCAAGGCGCUUGUGUAGGCAUAACUGCAGUCACACCAUCUAUUAUUCACGUAUUAUCAUGUAUCAGCCAGGUUGGAUUAUUCAUGUCUACGAGGCUCACUGUAACCUGCGACACUGUGUUGGUGUUUACUCUAGCUUUUGAACGGCUGACACUGAAAAGAAUUUCAGCUUUGCGCUCACUGAGUGUUGGUGUCACAUGGUGUGAGAGUGCUUAGAUCAGGGACGUGAUCUAAAUGAAUCCUUGUGAGGAACUAUGGGCAUUUCUUGUAGUGAAAGUCUGCUCUUAGUGUUUCGUGGGAGGUUGAGAGCUAAAGUGAGCAUCAUGCAGAGCUAUGCGGGCCACCCCCCACCCCCAGCAUCUGUGAUGGGGACAGCAACACGCUCUGCAUGUCUGUACAGCCUCCAGUGGUUGGUGUUUUUUCUCAAUGAGUGAUAGUUGCAGUGGUCGCCUCACAUCAUCGCAGUAUAUUGUAUUUGUAUGAAAGGAUGGGUGUGGAAUAUUUACAUCCUUCUGCGGUGAAACGACAUCUCAAUCAGCUUACACCGUCAUCUCUGAAGUGAAUUAAUGUUUUCCUGUAUUAUUCAUACAUUAGCUGAGCUGUCUGACUCCAUAAUGGCCUCAUACGUUUCGCCAACACGAUGAAACACCUACUUAUAGCUUUCAUAGUGUUAACUUGACUUGAUGGUUCAUGAUCCGAGACACAAAUUGAAAACAUAAAUCAUAAUGCCAAAAAACACCUUUAAAACCUUCAACACUGAAUACCAAAUCUGAGUAAAGGAUUGCUCUUUUAUUCUUUGUGUUCAAAACUGCAUGAUGAAGAAGUGCUGAGACUUGAAUCAGUGCAUGCAGCACUCGAUCAGCUGCAUUAUCCACAACAUGUCCUUCACUCUGCUCUGCUUCAAAGGUCAAGGGUCACCUUUUGAGGUCUGUGUGCUAAUAGGACCUUCUACGGCAACUACAAUGUGUGACAUCGUGUUUGUAGUUUUCUUUAUGAGAUGUUUUCACCUAGUGCUUUAACACUAAUUAUCCUUCUCCGUGUUUUUCUCCCUCCUUGCUUAGCCUCGAAAGAAUGCCAAUGGUCCCACUACCCAGGUACGGGUCCUCAGUCCCCCAAUGAAGAGCAGCUCAUCAUCCUCCUCCUCGUCGUCAUCGUCCUCAUCCUCAUCCAGCUCUCCAGCCGAGAAGAGGUCGCAGCGGAGGAUGCAUCACCAGAUGGAAUCAAAUCUACAGGACAAGCAGGAGAAAGCAAACAGAAUAAUAUCAGAGGCGAUUGCCAAGGCCCGGCAGCGCGGGGAGAAGAACAUCCCCAGAGUCAUGAGCCCUGAGAGCUUCCCCAGCUCCUCAUCACAGCACAAGAGCCACCGUGACCGUGAGCACAAAGGAAACAAAGCACGGCCGAAAGAGAAGGUCUCUAGGAAGGUCUGCAUCGUACCCUCCUCCAAGCCCAAGCAGAAGGCCAAGAUUGGGUAUGUAAUCGCAGCCGUUAAUACUGUUCCGUAAAGCCCCGAAAUGCUCGUUAUUUUUAAAAAUAAUCCAGUAAGUAGAGCUUUGAUCAGGUCCUUCCCUCCCCACAGCAGUGUAGAAAUUCUUUUAACACAACCGGAGCCUAACCACUGUGGCGUUUAAUGAGCUUGAAUUAAAAAAGUGACAUAUGCCACUGCAGUGGGUAAACCCCCUGUCAGUGUACCAGCAUACCUAAAGAGAUUUACACACACAUUUCAGCCCAGAGAUAGAGCUGCAGUAAACUCUGAUUUCAUAACCUGUAAAUCUGUUGCUUAAAGUCAGUUUUGGCCUGUAGAAUAGCAAUAACGAGGAGGAAAUUUACAUCAUAAAAUAUGUUUGAAGGACACAAAAAAUCAAUCUUCAAUUUACAAGGGUUCUCACGGAAUGUUAAGUGAAGGGAAAGCAGUGAAUCUGUUUUCUUAACAUCAAAUUCCUUUCUUUCUUUAAGCCCCCAAAACAAAUCCUCUCUGUGCCUCUUCACUUCAUUUAUAACAUUUUUCUGCUUUAUGAGUAUAAUUAAACACAUACUGGAACAUUCUUGUAAAAAAAGAAGAAGUAUGCCUAAAGGAUGCUCUUCUUAAAUUCUACAUACAUUUCAUUAUGUGUGUAUGGAUUACUAACACACAAUUCUGGUGCAGUUUUUGCCUUUCUCCUGGUGCAUUAUUUACCUUGCGUACAUUUUCUGCUCAUGCUUGUCAAGAUGGAUGCUCAAAGUUCAACAGAAUUUACUGCACGUAAUAACAAUAAAGCAGGCUCAGUCAUCAGUAAAAGCAGGGGAGGAGCAAACAAAGGCUGCAUUUACAUGUGAGACACUGCUGCCGAGUAUAUUCAGGCAAGGAGUGCUGAUGUAUAGAUACAGUGAGCAGUGUGGAGCUCUAAGCCACACCCAGCACGAGCUAUUGAAAUUUCAGCUGGUGUAAAUUCAGAGGGCUCAGGCAGGGGGCUGAGGAGGAAAAAAGGUGGGGGGUUUAGAAAUCCUAAUGUGAGGAUGUGAUGCAGAGAAUAAUACAUUCAUCAAUUUCAGGAUUUGGAGAGGGCCUGUGUUUUAUAGUGGUAGCAUAAGCAUGACUGACAAUGGUCAGCCAUAAAAUCUGUCAGGCAGCUGUGUUGAUUAAUAAUGAGGUGAGCUGCGCAGAGGGAGACGAGCUGCUGCUGCUAAUAACGUGUUUUUCCUGUAGUUUGUUUAGGUGUGAUAAAUGAUAAAGUUGUGACGGUGAGAUGAUGGAGAAGUCAGUGAGAUGGUCCCACAAGAUCACUGGGAGAUCUGGUUGGAUGUACCCAGAUUUUUCUGUUGUUUGGUUGCUCUUGUGGCAUCACUGAUCAUGCUGGGCUUUGUUUUUGAAACAAGUAAAAGUCUAAUAUGGUGUUGUAACAAAAACUUCAAACAAAAAGAGCUUGUAGAUUUCAGGAAGUUAAACAUUACCUCAUUAGGUAAGUACUCAUAAUACCACUUUCCUCUUCCCUCUUGAAUCACGGAGACACAGCUGAUUAAACUAUCAGCAUUUAAUCAAGUGAAACCUGAGACGUAUUGGUUGUGAAAGGCGGCUUAAAGGUGAUCCUGAAUUCUGUCGUUUAAAUGUGUCACUGGUGGCAAUUCUUGUUUUUCUGAGGUAAUGCGCUGUGUAGCCUAUUUUCAGUCACUGUAAGCAUACUUGGCCCAAAUACAGAAAAAGCUUUGGAUCAGAGUGAAACAUAGCCCGCUUACGUAGCCUAGUAUCGUCUCAGUCAACUCUUUACAGACCUGAUUAUAUCGUGCAUUCCACCCAUUUUAAACAUUCAAAUCACUCACUCUGGCCAGAUCAAAGUCUCGCACAGUAUAACAAAAAAAUAAAAAAAGGAAAUAUUCAAAGAGCCAUAACCUCUAUAAUAAACUUGUUUGAUAUAUUUUUGGAUGUGGAAUUUUUUUCUGAGGCAGCUUAAGUUGCUCACAGUCCGUGGAGUUAAAAGAAAUGCUUUUGUGCCGUCUAUUAGGCACAAGCAUAGCAGCAUCAAAUACAUACUAUUGAACAAUGCAUAACCUUGGUGUAUUGUAUUUUUUCAAUAUAAGUUAUGUUGACGCCCCUCAACAAGGUCAAAAUGGAUCAUUAUAGAAUAGGUAGUGAAUUGGUGUAAAGCUCCCUGAUGUAUUUUUAACAUCACAAAUCUCCUGACAUGAUUAAUAUAAUGUGAUUAAAAGAAGACCAUUGAAGAAGAUCAUUAUUGAUUGCAGUAUGGCCAUUAUCUAAUCUGAUCCUCAGACUAGUCAGGGUUUGUGACAGCAGACGAGCUUGUAUUUUAAUCCAAAGUCUGUCUGUAUGAAAGAAGCCUGAAUGCUGUAACGUACACGUCUGUGGUUGUGUUGGAGUGCCCCCCUCGAUUUAUUCUAAUUGAGAAGAAGUUUGGAUUUUCCAGCCUGUGGUGCAGUGUGGCAGUGAUGUAUAUCCCCUCUGCAUAUAACCAGAGGCUUGUGGGAGUGUGUGAAUAUUUUGACUGAAGUGUGAAGACUCAUAGCUGCAAAUACUCAUCCUAAAAGAGAGUCUUCUUUUCAAUCAAAAUCUGAACAAUGAAGAAAAGCUAUUCUGGAAUAUUAGUUUUAUAGAGAGCUCUGCUUAUUUCCACUUUCUUUGAAGUCUUAAUUCUAGAAAAAGUCGGUGAUAAACUUUUAUUUGUGUUCUUUAAAUGACAGUUUUACAUUUGAAGGCUGGGCCUGGUAAAGAGUCCUGAGAAGUCAGAGCCUGAACAGUCACAGGCUAAUGACACUGUAAUGUAAACACGAAGACUCAAACAUAAAUACUACAGUACUGGACACCAGAUGUCCUCAUUAGUCUUCCGCCUUCUUUUUACACUUUCUCUCAGACACAUUCAUGCAAAAGAAAAUCUUAACGCUAACAAAGAAGACAGAUGCACCAUUUUCAACACCAUUAAUGCUCAUAAUCGCUGUGUAAAUACACAAAACAAUACACUCUUGUCGGAUGAUGAUGGAAUUAGGCACACUUGACACACACAAUAAAUUAUGGUAUCUUAAUCAUGUGACUGGGAUCUGACAUAAAACCAACAGGAGGAAGCUUGUUGGGUGAAAGAGAAACAAACAAGUCCUUUUACAACCCUGGGCUAGUCGCAGUAGAGACAAGAAAAUACACUAUUGCAGCUCAUUUCAGACAAAAGGAAACAUCCACAGUUGCAAAUUUGUAAAAAUGACAAAAGAGCGUCUAUUAUGCGAGUUGAUACUCUUGAUUCAAAGCUCUGAAUAAAUCUUAAACCACCAAACCACCACAAAACCAGGUGUGUUUGUGCAUCUGCAUAGAGGAUGUCGUUGUGUGUCUGUACAGCUUCAGUAACGGAUGGCGUCUCUGUUGCUAAUGUGAGGUGAUGAAGACAGCCUGCCUGCAUGAUAGAGAAGAGCCCCAGAGAGAGAGGUGUGUACUGCAGAAGAGUCCUGUUCAUAUGCAUGCACCGCCCAGGAUAUCCCCGUACAAUAUUAAUGCGUCUGAGCUGCAGAGGUACUAACCUCUCAAUGGAGUCAUUACUUGGCCCUGUUGAGGGUGUGUGCUGGCCUGUGUUCAGAAAGCAUGAGGCUGUGUGUGUGUGUGUGCAUGCUCACUCUUUGGUUACAUCUGACCCUUCUUUGAGCAGAAAAUGGGACCUGAGAUAAGACUAUUAUCCUAAUUGUCUCUGUACUUAAGAGUCUGCUUCACUGAGACCACCGCGCUGGCAUUACUACCUGUGUUACUACCAGCAUCAUCAGUCCUGUUUAAUUGCUGGUAAAUGCAUCCUGGAUCACUUCACUGGUUUUCUCUGCCAACCGCCUUUCGAGCAAGUUAGAGGUCAUCAUAUGGAAAAUCUGUCUGUCUGAUGAACCAUCAAAGAAAGCAGCUGAGUAAAAUAUGGAUGCAGCAGCCGCUUUGACAGGUGGAGUAGAAACAUGACACAUAGCCAAGUAAAAGAUCACUAACAAAACAAAAAAAUAACAUCUUUACUCAGAUAUUAAAGUGCUUUAAUAUCAAGCUCCAGAUCUGGAGGCCUUUGAGUAAAACAUCACCACAUAACAAAUUCCCAUUACCCCCAGUCCACACUGAUGUUUUAGAUUGCUAAAAUAAAUGUAGUACAUUAAAGUCAGCAACCCAGCAAAUGUAGAAGAAGCUUCAAAUGUGAGCAGAUAGAGUUGUAAAUGCGAGUUUGAGCGGAUACAUUCUUUAUCAAUAUAAUAACUGGUUCUGAGCCUUUAUCAAAGCUGUAACAGACUCUCCAUUCAAAAGCCUUCAGAAAAAAAAUCAUAAAUAAACCAACAAGGAAAGAGGGAAUUAUCCUGGGAAUAACUCAAAAAUGAUCUGUGAACAAAUAACACAGAUAUGUCUGUCCUGGAAGCUGUUAUUUGCUCAUUUAGAGUGUUUGUUUAAAAAAACGUCCAAUUAAACUUCAUAUAUCCUGUUAAAUGAUAAACACGUAAAGUCGAUUAUUAUGUUGCAGUUUGAAAGCUUUAGGAGAUCUGAAUUAUUGAGGCCUUUGUUCUUGCAGACAUUGUAACUCCCCAUUUCAGUGAAUCCCAGCUGAAACAAUAACAUUGAUGCUGGUUUAUAAGAGCUCAGUUAGUUUUCCAGGUUGUGAAUGGCACAACCUGGAAAGACUUCAUUAGGUUUAAAAUAGCUGAAAUGAGGAUUUUGAGCGUAUUACAGAUGGUGUUUAUUUUUAAAUACAUACAGACUGUGGUUCAGUCUGUUAUCCCCUCUCUUCUGAUUUCUACAAAUGAAACAAAGACAUUGGUAGGAUGAAGCUGUACAGUGAAAUAUUUACCAACAAAAUCUACCCUUGGGAAAGGCGAGGGUUAUUUAGCAGACCAGGCUUCACUGAUCACAUCUCUCUGCAGACUAGAUUUUGCAUUUUUUAGGCAGCCUACCUACCUGCUGGAAAAAAAAAAAAAAAACCUCAUGUAAUCAUCAGAUGAAAGCGCGGUGCCUCUUCUUCCUUUUUUGUUCCUCCCUCUCCCUCCUCCUCCUUUACAUUUUUUUUAUCCUAAUAUACAUUUGGUGCUAUCAGCCUGCUCAAAGCAUCCACUGCUGCCUGUUAGCAGCAUGUACUAAAUAUGCUGAUACUACAAAGCAGCAGGGUUGCAGCAAAAUAUCAAACAAAAUGGUGCUUGUGAGAUCAAUUACAUGAUAGAAAAUGGAGGUUGAAUUCUGGCGUAUAUGCUGCAGCAUAUAGCUGUUCAUAUUUCAGGGCUUGCCUGCAAGCCGUCUAAUCUCUUUUCCCCCAGUUUUUCAUUAGGACGGGCUAAAGCUGUUUUUUUUUUUUUAAUUGAGUGUUUUCCUAGUUAAUCCCUUUCCAGCGUGCGUCUGUGUGCAUGUUCACACAUGUGCCCCUGUGUGAUAUAUUGACAUGUUUGUGGGGUCCGCGUUGUGUGUCUUUGUGCUGAAAGUCAUGCACAUGUACAGAUUCUUCCGAGUGCGUUUGUGUGCGAGUGUUGCCCAUUUUAAAAGUGUUUGCUGUACAAAGCAGCGGUCCCCUGUGUGUCCAUCUGCACUGUGCUGAUAGAGUAUUUGUCUUUGAGUGGAGGCUUGAUGAUGCUUUUACUACUGUCUCCAGUCGUGUGCAGUGUGGCACUGAGAUUAUAGCCUUCCAUUCAUAAGAAGGGGGAUUUCCUGUCAAGAACCACCACCACUGUCUCAAUAAGCCCCUCAGGAUGAGAAAAAUACACACAAACACACCGCACUUAACGGCAGUUUUCAGGAUGACUCAGUAACACACAAUCAGAAUAUCUGAGGUAGACACACUUGAAGACGAUGAGGGCCGGUCAGAGAUGCUGAAGCACUACGCUGCAGUCUCGGCCUGCACAGCACUAUCAUAACUUGAAUGUAUAAAACCAAAGCUUCACACACGCAUGCACACACACACUUGCACCCACGCGCACUCCCGGUGGCAGUAUGCCAAGUAGGGCAGGACAUCACUGGGGGGACAAGGGAUGGAGGUUAUUUGGCACAAUAGGAGGAUGGGAGCCAAGUAAGCCUCCAACAGCAACUAGGCUAUCAUUCUCAGGGAAAAAGCUAGUGGAGGCUUAUCAUGGAGGAUCACUCUGUAAUGUCUGAUCAGGGGCAGCUGUAGUCUAAUUAGAGAUGCAAGAUUAUGUCUGGAGGAUGGCCUCCUUAAAUCCUGCAGGGGAGGCAAAUAAAUCACUUUUCUCUUCCCCAGUAACAAAUAUUAAACAACCCACCUGGUAGAGAAGGAAGUAACUGUGCAAUAAUAAAAUGAGGUGGUUUCAGUGAGUGUUUGGUUGCAACAAACAUGAAUCGUUAGGAUCAAAGACAUGAGAGGGACGAGAACUGAAAGAUGACAUUUAUUGAAGUUACUAAAAAUAUGAUUUUAAAAAUAAAAUGUUGAUUUCUAUCAACUACAGGCUGUUUUUUUCCAAAGAGAACUGUUAGAACAAUCGCAAGCAGAGGUGUAACAUAGAAUGAAAUUUUAAAACAGUAAAAAAACAGGGAGCAAAAAGUGAAAGGCCUAAAUAAAGUGGAUAUUUAAUGUUUGAAAUCUCAAAAGCAUACUUAGGUCACCUGAAAAAGCAGGGAUACAGGGUGACACCCUGAAGGAAGCUUUAGUGCCACUACAUAUGGGUGUUUCUCCUGCUUUUUUACACGACCUGUGUGUAUGUUUGUGUUUAAACAUGAAAAAGACCGUUAAAUAAAGGCUUUUUACUUUUUUUGUUUCUUUCUUUCUUGGGUUUUUGUGUCAGAGCACCUGUUAGAGACUCUCUCCUUUUGUGGUUGCAUGAAAUAAAUGGUAUUUUGAGCUCACAAACAUGCCUUUAUUAAGAGUCCAUUAGAUAUUAUACAGCACAGAACUGAAUCUUACUCCUGCCUGCUCAGCUUCCCACACAUACUCAAUAAGUGCCAUCAACACUCUAAUCAGCAGGUGUCAUUACUGUUUUAUCCACACAACCAAAAAGCAUUUCAGAGAAGACUAUUUGAUAACUCCAAAGAUAUAAGGAUUUAUUAUUGGAGUACUGAUAAUGGGGUUAGGGUUAGGAUAGUUUAAUCACAUAAUGUCUAAAAAUUCACGUCAUACCGUUUACAUUUUUGAUAUAUCCGUUAGCAAGCUCUGGUUUCAUCUAAAUUGUGUCUCUGCAUUGUAUCUUUGACUGUUAGGACUGGCUGAACACAAUUAUAUUUUUUUGGACCAUUUUGAGUCAACCACAACUACAUGACAGCUGUCGCAAAGCUCUCUGCCAAAUGGUUUGGCAUUUAAUAAUGUGCCUUGUUGCGCUCAAAAACGUGCCUUUGAAGCAGGACUGCAAAAAGCAUUCACCUUGCUUAGAAGGUACACUUUAACGUUACUCAAUACUGCUGUGCAAAUCAGAUAGCCCAUGUGAGUUUUCUUACAUUAUCUUCACAGAGAAAUUAGAGGUCUGAGGAUGACAACAAUAAGGAGACCGUUUCUGCAACAUGUCUUUGUGUAUAUACAUGAAAAAACUUCUUAAACAAGAGUCCAGCUUGAAUCUGUUAGCAAGGAAAUGGCAUGUUUAAUUUUGUCUGUUUUUUCAGUUUUGUUUUCUUAGCUUUACAGUGUUUGCUAAAUGCUCCCUCCACAACACUGAGGCAUCCUUCUUUUCUCAAGCUCAGCAUCAUGUUUUGGAUAGCAUUUGAACAUCCUGUGCAGGAGCUUUUUAACCAGUCCCUCGUCCCAGAGACAAGGACUGCCUGCCUCUGAUUUUGCACUAACAGGAUGAUUUGAAAGCUUGCGUUUCCUCUCUGUCAUUUGAGUGAAGAUAUUGCAGCUUGUGGGGAGGCUACCGGUUGAAUGGAGCAUGUGUGCUACCACUGGAGUUAGCAAACCCCUGGGUGGUCCUGUGUUUUAGCCACAGUCGAGUGGAGCAGGCUGUAACCAUCACUAAGAUGUGGCUUAUGCCUCGUGUGUUUCUGUGUGGUUGCUGCUGCCGUGUGUGUGUAUGUGUCUAGAAUAUAUGCCUUUCAUUAUAUUUAGCUUUUGCUGGCCUUUGUUGCUCAUGUAAAUGCUGUGCUUACAGGCAUUUAUCAUGGUGCAAAAGAGCUGUCUCACCAACAAUGUGCUCUGCCUGUACUGGCUAAACUGAUGAUUUCACAGCCCUGAAGUCUCCCGUUUCACAGUUCAGGUUUUCCCAUAUGUGGAUCAGAGAGAUGCUUUAGCCCUGUUAGAUUCUGUGAGCUGCUGAGCUGCUGCCUGGUAAUGUGACACUGUUAUUCUGCAAGGCCCGUUUCCCAGCCAGCUUUUAUUUGGUAGAGGAAGAACAUUGUGUUUUGUGCCAUUCAGCUGCUCAUAAUGUGUUUUUUUUUUACUCUAUUCUUCUCUUGGUGGCACAGCUGGUUAAUUUUUUUUCCAUUGUGUCACACUCUGACUUGGCACAUUCCUCUGCCAUUCAUAGUGUUAGUGGACAUGUACUGGUGUUGUUUUUCACAGGAAGUGAUGUCACCAUGAACAUUACCGCCCACAUUCCCAAAUACCCUCCCAAGGGCGCGUUGCUUGGCAACCAUAAAGUGUCAUUGUCAAGAGGAUUUGUGAAAUGUAAUUUCAGCCAGAGGGGGCGGGGACAUAAGAAAGAUGGGACAUGUCUUUAGCACAGUGCUGCUAGAGGAAUGCAUGCAAAGACUGAUAUCACAUUUACAGUAGCGUGUGUUGAAGGUUUUGAGUUCCUGAAAAUGAAUUUGACCAAAUUUGCCUCUCAGCCUACUAUCUGUUUUUCCAGUAAAGCCUUCUUCUUGACGUAAACUGCAUUAAUGUGGUGAACUGUUGUAAACCACAACAAGCAGGUGUUACAUCUGUCUAGUAACUGGACAGGUUAGUUUGACAAGCUGAGCAUGUUAUUAAUCUAUGUCCAACUCAUGGAGUUAAGGGACUUUUCUCUUCAUGUGUUUAUUUACACAACAGAAACUGUCGGGGAAACUGGGAGAUAAUCACGUAGAGUCUUUUCUUUCUCUUUUUCUUUUUCUUUUUUUUUUAUGUGUGUGAAAAUUCUUCCUGCAUUUUCUACCUAAAUCAUUUAAUACGUCAAAGGUUUAAUUUAAGAAGCUUUGCUUGGAUUGAGAAAAUGUCAAUUUCUAUCUCUGUUACUUUAAGAGAGUCAAUACAGAAGUGAGUUAAAGAGAGACCCUAUGGUUGUACAACAGCUACUGAAAAGUAAUAAUCUGCUUUAUAACAAACGCCCAGUAUCGAGUGUAAGUUGUGUUAUUGCCAGGGUCUUUCAUUGAGGUUUCUUUGUCUACUAUGGUGGUUCACUGAACUGUUUUACUCUCUGCUCUUGUCUUUAAGUCUGCCUCUUCUGAGGUAUACAUUGGGUAAAAAGAAAGAAAUGCCGUCUUUGAUAUGGUUGCAGCAGAGGACAGCAAACAGUUACCCUGCAUUUAGCAUGUGGCAGGUGCUAAUUUUAUUCUCUAGAAUGGUUAUUACUUACUCUCUGUUUUAUAGCCAUGCUGUAUGGAGAAAAAAACCCCAAUAUAAAUAUCAGUUUCCCCUCUCUGUCGCCAUUUAUCAAAUCUAUGAGCACCAUUACCAGGAUGCUGAAGCCAUUCAAAAAUUUCUGAAGGUUAUGACCCCGUCUUUUCCACUGUAACACAUGCAGCGCUUUAGAAAGGAACUGCGUCUUUGAACACGCUCAUUUCUUUGUUUUGCGGCCUACCAUCAAGACAAGUCGCAGCACUCGACGACGUCUAACAGAAUGACUUGUUGGCUAACAGAAGAAGAUGUUGGCUAGCAUGGGAAUCUGUGUUCACACAUGAUAUGAGUGUCUAAUGUUAUCUCAUGUGAACAAGCCCUACAGGGACAUCUUUUCCACUAGAGACAUACUCGCUCAUGCAACAGUCUGUCUGAGUGUAUGUGAUAGGACGUGUAUGGUGUUCAGAGGAUAAUUGCUUGUGUGGGUUUCUAACAUGUAUAAAUGCACAUUGCAGAGCGAGAGUAAGAGACGAGAGAUGCUUCUGUGUGUUCAGUAUGAUAGCAGUGUUUGUAUUUUAUUUUCUCCAUUAAUAUCACACCAAGCUCGGGAUUUGGCGCCUCUACCAUCCAAGAGAUAAUGCAUGUGGAGAGGCGCAAGAUAGGAAGUGCGUGCAUAUGUGGUGAGAAAAUAUAUAGAGAAAGGUCACUAAAAUAAUAUGCAACAAUGUGUGAAAGAGGGAAGAGAGAGUAAGAGGACGAAGCACUGGCAAAAAAAAGAGCCUGUGCCUGUCUGGGCUGCAAUCUGCUGCUAUCUGAUAUCAUUAGACCCCAGCAGUCUGUCUUUGUUCUGCAAUUGUAUAUGAGGCCGUUAUGAAAACUUGCAAACUAGCUUUUGUGGCUUAAAGAGAAAACGUUUGCCAAAUGACGAUCAAAUGAUGCCUGUUUCAAUCCGAAGGCUCAGUGGGAGCUUUAGGAAAUCUCUGAAUUCCUUUCCCUACAAACUCAAGCCGCUCUUAUAGCAAGUAUGCUAAUAUGUGUAAGCAUUUCCCCGUCGUACCUUAGCUGGUCCCCCAGCGGUAGUGGUAGGACCGCUGAGGUCAAAAAUGUAAUGCCGACAGCUUCACAAAGGCCCGUCUUUGUUAAAUAUAGGUUACUGCUGCAAAUGCUUGUGUUGUUUGUGGACUGCAGUGCAGUGGAUGCAAAUGUAUGAUUUCUUGCUUCACUCCAGUGAACUGUUUCAGAGCUCUGUCUUCCUGCGUAUUUCUCUUUUUUUAUGUUUUUAUGAAAGCAGGGGGUCAUCCUUUUCUUUCAGUUUAGGCAGUUUCUUAUCGCCUCACUAAAAAGUAGUUCAAUAUAUUUAACAUUAAAUAAUACAGCAUUUUAAUCAUGAAUGAGUGUUUUUUGCUGCAUAGUGCUGCAAACAAGCCAAGGGUUUAUCUUAAAAUGUCCACAUGCACACAACAACGUUUAUAGGUUGCUGUAUUUGUUGCUCUUGAUCUCACUGGCAAAGAGACAUCUCUCUGUUAUAAUUGGGACAUCUUCCACAGUCCCACCUUCAAAAAACAGCUAUCUGAACUUGAUAGCCUCUACACUGUAUGUUGAUACAGACAUUUGUUUUGUGGUGUUUUGUUUUGUUAUUUGUCUUCAUUCACGAGUAUACUGGACUGAGGAAGCAUUUUAGCAUUAUCUGAGUUAUUUUAAAAGUAGGGCAGAUGUUUUUCAUGCUAGUCAAAUGUAAAACCCUCACUAUAUAAAUAAUGGUUUGAUUGUUUCAUCCUAUUCAUAGUUUGUGUAUCUGUUUCCCUCUUUCAGGAAAAUCGUCAUCAAGAUCGGGAAGAAGAAAAAGCGAAAGCCUGAGUCUUCAGAGGAGUCCGAUGAUGACCCACCCCCUCGACACACUUCCAAAGAUGUCGACUCUGUAAGAUCCAACGAACACAAGCUGACACAUUCACAAAAAUAACACAAAUGGACAUAACCCGACAGUACUAGUCAGUACUGAGUGGUGUCCUUAGUCUGACUGCUCACAGUGCUCAGAGAAAGGCUUCCCAGCUUUAGUUUUAGCCCCAGGAGGAUUGACUCUGCGGUUCACAGCGAGGUCAUGCAGUGGGUGGCUAUCCCAAGAUCACAUUUUUAUCUGCGUGGAUGAUUUCUUGAUCAGAAACACAGCUUACACAGCAUUAAUGGAAACCUCUCAAUGGUACAUGAAUUAAAUAGAAUUUUAUUUAACAGGAAAUGGUGUUUCCACAGCAGCCAUUAAAACUGAAAAUCUGAUUGAAAAUAGAAAAUCUGCAGGCCUUUUUAUAAUUAGUUUGAUAACAUUACACUCAGCUAAAUUAAAUUAUCCCGUUUUUUUUUACAGUUCAGAGUCAUGAUAGCUACUGUCUAUUGUCUAUUAGACACAGGGUAUUGUUCAGGAAUAAAAUACUGAUCGCCCACCUAGGGUUGAGAUUUUAAAAGUCCAGAAAUUACAUUUGAGAUUAUCAGAGGCAUUUAAAUGAAAUGCAAAACAAACACAACGGCGAACAAGUUUAUCUGACUUAACUUUGAGGUAAUGAAUCAAUAAGGGAACACAUUUAAAGGUUUGAGUAAGAUACCAGUUGGUGUCAGUUCUGCCGUUGAAAAUCAGUGUUUGAUGCUUUGUUUUUGAUUUUGUUUCCCUGUGCUCUAAUCUAAAAUGAAAGAAGAACUAGUGGAUGGCUGAUAUCUUGUUGUACUUAGGCAGAAAUCUUUGUUAUGAAGUCAUUCGCUUCCUGCCAGGUCAUGACAGAUAUCCGCUCUGUCAAAAGUGACCGGUCUGAAUGAGUCAGGAUGAAAAGCGGCUUUGUCCUCUUAACCGUCCCACAACCCAGCUCUUUCCUUUUCACGUCCUAUCCGGGCUAUUGCCUAUGAUCUAAUUAUGCUCGUUAAGAGGCGCCCCUGGCCUUAAUUAAAACGGUCUGUUGAUGACUCAUUUAAGAUGAUCCCGUGGAAGAAGUCAAGGUAGCAUGGCCGACAGUUAGCAAAGAAGCAUGGCCGCUGCGGGGGUUCGGCCCCGCCAUGGUAGCAUGUGGCUGCUUUGACUUUACAGCUUCUGGUCAGCUCGUGCUUGAGGAUGUGAGGUUAUAACUCCAUGGGGAUAUUGUACUCCACACCUAAUUAACUUUGGCUCAGUGGCAUUUAUUCCUAAUUAACUACAUAUUAUCAUUAGGAGGGGCUCGUGUAUUGAUGCAGGAUACAGCAGCCCACGCAUGUGAUAAUUAGAAAGGCUUGACAGGAAGAAUAUGAAAGAAGCUGCAUAUAAAGCGCUCUGGCUCUUUGUGUUUGUGUUUUUUUUACUACAUCACUGGGUGGAAUGUUUUCUGAAGUCCUCUCUGUUUACUGAAAUUCAGGUCUGUUGUGUAUGUAGUGCUUUUAUGACCUUGAAGAGGAUAGAGAGCCCACUUGAUCAUUUUCACGAAGCUUGUGGGAUGAUGAAUGAUUUUGUAGCUCAUGUUGAUCCCCUCUUGCCAGGAGAUACGAUAUGGAUAUGAUAACAAUGGAUAGAGGGAUAUCAGAGGAAAUUCUUUUGCUCUGUAAAAGACAAUCAAGAGCUAAACAUCGUGUAAACAGCAAUAACUUCAAUGUCAGGACAUUGUUGCAGCCACUUUCAUUUGAAUGAACGGACAAUUUGAACCAGUGAUCCUGACUUCAUGUUACGACGGUGUGCACUGAUUUUGAUUUUUGUUAGUGUGGCUUACUGCUGUGCUCUGCCAACUUAACGAUUACAGUUCUGGUCAUUAACAUUAAAGAGGAUGAUUCAUGUAAUGUCGGAUAAGGUCACAGUUAGCCUGCAAAGUGAUCAAGAACCAGCCAAGCAGUUUGAGAUAAAACCUCACUCCACUCUACAUUUAUUCAGGAGAGUACACAAGGUUGAAGAAAUGACAUUUCUUAUUCACUUUAAUACUUCAUUUUUUAUCCAGCGCCCCGUGCUGCAGGUUACAGUUUUUACAGUUCUGUUAUUUUGUUACUUGCUUGAACAUAUUUUGUAAAAAUGCUUCUCGCACAUUGCCUUGCUUUCCUAGAAGAGGCGAUCUAAUCGUCAGGUGAAGAGAAAGAAAUACGCUGAAGAGCUGGAGGCCAGGCUGUCAGAUGAAGAAGUCAAGGUUAUUGUCAAAGCCAAGAAAGCCGGCACUGCAGCAUCAAGGGAGCCUUCUCUUCAACUCUUUGUAGUAAGUGUCCCUGCCUACAACCUCCUCAGACUCAGACGUCACCUUCACCUUCAUUCUGGUUUAAGAAAGCGGAGAGAAAAAAAAAAGAUAAAUAAUCUUCAUGGUAAAAGAACCAUACAAGUAUACACCUAAGGAUCUGUUGUGUUACAAACAGCGGUCUGUGUAAAUGAUUUGUUUUUAAGGCAAUGAUCUAUGUAGAUACAGUUGAAGAGUACUUUAUGUUCUGACAAAACAAAAACACAUUUUGUUGAGGAGCUCUACAUGCUCAGUGAAGUGCAGCACAGCCUGUUCUUUUCAUCACCACAUUGUGACGUGCGAACUAGGACCCCUGCAGUCUCUCAGAGAGAGAAGAUACACACUCUGUGCCCAUUUUUUAAAUUUAGAUGAACAGCAGAGGAAUUAAGAGGGCAGCUCUGCUUAAAGACGAACGCCGUGCUCUUAUAGGGAAUCAAACAUUUUAUUGUUGUUUCCUUUGUGUAAAUUAAUCAUUUUCAGUGGCUCUGCUACAAGGAGACAGAUUUGUAGUGACAUUUAUUUUUCAGUACAUAUCUAUAAAAUAGAGAGAGGACUCAUUUCCAUGACAUACAGCUGCCUGUAACCUUGGCUUUUGAAUUUGAAAAUCACAGAAGAGAAAAAAAGGAACUCAUUUGAUUAAUAGAAAGCCAUGAAACGUACACGGAGUGCAAUUUAAAUUUCCAAGUAUUUCACACAGUUUUGUCUUUUUUAUGUAAGUCGUAAUCUGGGCAUUAGAUACAACGAUUCAAAAGGCCUUAAUUUACAAGUUAUCUGUCCGUUACAUUUGCAGGAGAAUCCAAGUGAAGAAGAUGCUGCAGUUGUUGACAAAAUCAUGUCCUCACGUGUUGUCAAAAAGGAGGUAAUGCCUUUUCUUUUACUACUCACUAUUUUGUCAUUUUGUGGUUUUGUUGGUCAAUUCCUUUGUGAGUUAAAUGAAAACAGGCCACACAGUUAUUUUACUGGAAAGAGAGGAAUACACAUUUAUUUGAUGUAAUUUUUCUCAAAUCUUGAAGAUGUGAAUUGCUAUGAUUCUUAAUGGCUUAAAUGUAUAAAAUAACUAGAUACAGCCACCAAGUCCUAAAAAUCUGUGUUUGUGUCUGCUUCUCUCAUCUGUGUACAGGUCUCCCCAGGAGUGGUGGUCGAAGUGGAGGAGUUUUUUGUAAAAUACAAAAACUAGUAAGUUAAUUGUGACGCUGUAGCCUCUUAGUUCUUAGUUUAGGCUAGAAACUGUACUAAUAAAUGGUAUAAGGAGGUUAAAAACAAAUAUUUGUACAAUAUGGAUAUAUUAUAACUGCAUGUUUGUACUUUAAAGAAAAAAUAUUACUAAAACUAAAGGAGUUUGUUCAAAGUGAAAAACACUGCAAUAGUCAAAACAUAUAAACACAUUUAAAAAUUUAUCGACCAAUUAUGGAUAAGAAAUCAGUGACUGACCUCAGUGGCCUAAACCGUAAUAUGAAAUGUCACAUAAAAGUUUUUUUUAUGAGUUUCUUGCCUCAAUCUGAAUGUGUGCUUUUAUUGUUUGUGUGUGUGUGUGCGUGCGUGCGUGUGUGUGUGUUUGUGUGUGCGUGCCUGGGUGUCAGCUCCUACCUACACUGUGAGUGGGCCACAGAGCAGCAGCUGGAGAAGGACAAGAGGAUUCAGCAGAAGAUCAAACGUUUCAAGAUGAAACAGGCGCAGAGGGCACUCUUCUUUGCAGAUGUAAGGCUGCGUGUUUGUUUUUUCCUGUUUGCAGACAUGCUGUAUACUUUCUUCCUCAUUUUGAUGUCAGCAGGUUUGUUUGACAUGCGUGUGUUGAGUGCUCAUGCAUAUAGAUGUAGAUUUUUUAAUUUAUUAUUGUUUUUUUGUCUGUGUGGGCAGACACAUCUGUGUGCAUAGAUUUAAAUCUUUUUACCUCCCAGUGGGUACAGUAGCGAUGCUUGUCUCAGAUUCCAGAUGGUGAGUGGGCACUCAGGUUUAUUAUGUCUUUCUUUACCUCUUGUCUCUCUCAGAUGGAAGAGGACCCCUUUAACCCUGACUAUGUAGAAGUAGACAGAGUACUAGAGGUGUCAUAUUGUGAGGACAAAGACACAGGAGAGGUAAAGUAAACCUUUUUUAACUGGUUAAUCAUAUCUGUGCGCGGUGUGUGAGUUUAUUUGUGAGGACAUGCCUGAACAGGUUUUACUCUUUUUCAGUUUUUUUGUGGCGCUGUUCCUUUCAGUAUAUCCUCCACUUCAGUAAUGUCUUUGUAUACCAGAAGUGCCCAAGGCCAUCCUAAUGGGCUUCCUCGCAGCCUUUGUUAAUAUUAUAAAAGCAGAGCGUGGCCUCGCUCCAGUCUAUUGCAGUGCUAAUUCUUGUCUGCCUGCUGCAGGAGGUGGUGUACUACCUGGUGAAGUGGUGUUCACUGCCUUAUGAGGACAGCACCUGGGAGCUGAAAGACGACGUAGAUCAGAGCAAGAUUGAAGAGUUUGAGCAGCUGCAGGCAGCCAAGCCAGACUCUCGAAGGAUGGUAGGUUAUGACCACCAGCAAAUCACUGUAUUCAUACUUUUCUCUGAUUCUUUGUGAUUCUUUUCAGAUGACAGUAUUUUGAAGGAUUAAGAAGAGACAUUACUCUUUUUGAGAUGUCAGUUUCUUGUGUUACAUUGCGCAGAUUUUAACGUAAGAACAAGAUUGUGUUUACUCUGCGCUGUCCCAACCACACUCUCCCAGAGAAGUCAGCUGUAGCAGAUUCAGCAAACACAAAAUAAGCUGCAUUUACUUAAAUUUGAUUUUAGAUGGUGAAAUGUUUUUCAAGUAGGUAUUUCCUAAAUAACAGGUCUCUGUCAACAGCCUGUUACAACUACAACUAGCGAGAGAAUAGAAACACAGAAAGGAUUUAAAGAGAUCCUUUUCAAACUGUAACCCAAAGCUAGAAAUCCACAUAGUAAAACUUGUUGUUUUGGUAGUAUGAGUUCGUACCCAGAUUACACAGAGCAGGGAUUUAGUAGUACUCUAUCAGCCAAGCACUAUUAGAGGUGUGCACUAAGUUUUUCAUGUCCUCCUCUGUCUUUCCAGAUUUCACCUGCUUCAAAAAGUUUGUAUUAAAUCUUACAGCCAUAUGUCUGAAGUAUACAACAAGCAAUUAUAGACAAGAUGUUUACCCAAUAGUCAACAAACAGUUUUUAUACUUCCUUAUUUGCUGCAUUUCUUAUAAAAACUGAAUCUUUCUCAAACUUCCCUCGACAUAAUCCCUGCAAACAACGCUGAAAACAUUUCCUCUGAUGAAAUGUAGUUUCUAAGUAAAUUUCAAAAUGUGUUUCACAGGAACGGCCCCCAGCCAAUCACUGGAAGAAGAGAGAGCAGUCGAGGGAAUACAGGAACAGCAACAGCCUCAGGGACUACCAGCUAGAGGGGGUCAACUGGCUCCUCUUCAACUGGUACAACAGGUCAGUGUUUUCAAACUUUGUGAAUGGACUCGAGUUGUGUGCAUGUAAACAUUAAGACCACAAGUUGAUUCACUGUUGCAUGUGUGCCAGCUUCAGCAGACUUGACACACUUCUUCUGAAUAGAAAGACAAGUGAAAGGUUCAGCAUGUGGCUUUAACCUCAAGCAAAACGGCUCAAGCAAUCUCUUUAAAUACUGUAUAUGUUUGUAAGCGUCUGUGUGAACGGAAGAAGACUAAAGGCUAAAGUGUGUUUAUAGGUGUAGAUUCUGAGAUUUUACACAGGCAUUUUGUGUUUCAAGAGGAAUCCUUGGGGUGCAGUGAGACUGCAGAUUAUGAAUAAUGAAUCGCUUUUCCCACUGUGUGUGCGUGGACCGCGCUGUGUUUUGGCUGUAUUCACAUUAUUUGGUUGGGCCUGCAAGGAGAGUCAAAUUUCCUGUCAAGGUGCACACUGCUGCUGCAGCAGCGAUUGCUUUUCUUCGCCUACAAUCACAAAAGAAGCGCUGCACGGUGUAGAAUUCAGAGUACAUGGUGUCAGUGCGCCUGCAUUAACCCUGGGAAUUGGCUUUCUGUGUGAGCAUGCAGGAUUUUGUGUUUGCCUACGCAGAGAGAUUCAUCAGAAGUAGAGAGCUGCUUAAGAGGCCAGUGGGAAUAUCUGCACGUUGCAAUUAGCAUCAAGAUAUAAUACCCCCACCCACUGGACAGCUGAAUAAAUGGUUUGCUGGAGUACACCACACAGCACAGGCAGUUGUAUUCGGUCUGUUAUUACUGCUGAUGAUUUCUCCUCUCUUGUUAGCUGUUUAUUAUGUUGGCAUUGUGAUAUUAUUCUUUUUUUCUCUCCCUUUGUGCUUUUAUUGUUUAACUGUAAUGCCGUCGUCUUUGUUUGAUAUCAUAUUAUUUCAUGCAUAUUGAAACAGUACAUGAAACCCUGAUUCUGUUUUCUUUCUUCAAAAAUAAUCACUCCAGUUAUCUCCCUCUUUCAGACGAAACUGCAUCCUGGCAGACGAGAUGGGCCUAGGAAAGACCAUCCAGUCCAUCACAUUCCUGGAGGAGAUCUAUCGUGUGGGCAUUAAAGGACCAUUCCUCAUCAUUGCCCCGCUCUCCACCAUCGCCAACUGGGAGCGCGAGUUCCGAACAUGGACCCAUCUUAACGUCAUCGUCUAUCACGGCAGCAUGGUCAGCAGGCAGAUGCUCCAGCAGUAUGAGAUGUAUUUCAGGGAUGCACAGGUAAUUUGCUUUUAAUUAUGCACACUUUUCCGAAGUGAUUAAUUUCCUAUUCAUAAAAACGGACAAGCCAACUCCUCUAAAGGUCUGAAAAACUCUGGAAACAGGCAAAAUUGAACAUAAAUUACUUGACAUGCGCAGCAAAAUAGAGCUGCAGCAAUAGUUGCAUGGCAUAAUGAUUGAGUUGCCGACCAACAUUUCAUUGAUAAGUUGACUGAGCAUAUAAGCAUGUAAGAUGCAAAAAGAGUCUUUUUAGUUCAUCCUCACUCACUAAUCUUACCAUUCUUAAAGACCGAAAACCGCACCACUUUGCUUACCUUCAGACUGGAAAACAGUAAUUCAUUUCAACUAAAACGAUCAGAGUGCUUUUUAUCAAACAGCAGCAUCAUGAUGUUUUGUGAGUAAUGUAAUGGUGUAUUUGGAAACGGAAGGCCUGGAUCGUACAAUGCGAGUGAGGUUCAGAAGAAUAAAACAGGCUCUUUAUAUCUAACGAAACAAACACCCCUUGCACAUGUUUCAGAGGGGAAAUUCCCAUGAAAAAGCAGAAAAAAACAGCCUGCAGCUGAAGGGAAGUUAGUCCAUUUCAUGGAAUGGAUAAAUUUUCCUUUUGAAAGUAGGGACUGGAAAAAUUGGUGUUAAACAAGGUUUUUUUUCUGUGACCUCAGUUCUUUUCUCACUCAUGUCAACUGUGUACCGGCAAAGAUUAGAGCGUGAAAACGGGGGGGGAAUUUCUUGAGUAUCAGCAAAUUAGCCUUUACCCAGCAAUCCUGUCCACAUAUAACCCUUAACUGCAGAUUGAUGAAUAGAAACAAAUGUGUAAGAAAAAUGACUUUUAAUUUUAUUUCAUUUUAAGGCUCACAUUAAAAUAAAAUAAUCUCCUUGUCUCACAAAAGUGAGGAAGAAAGAAGAAGAUUAUUUGUGCCUUUUUCAGCCGUAGUCAUACUGCAGUAGUGAGGAGUUUCGUAUGCCAGAUAGAGAGGUUUGCACUUGCCUGUCUCUGCCUAGUUUGGUUCCCAGGUCUCAUGACACAUAUUCUACACAGAGGUUCAGGAACUCCCAAUUGAUUGGUAUCAUGAAAUAGGGAGAUAAUUAGGAGACAUUAAAAGCUGGGAGUACAGCUGGAGAACGGCUUAAAUGAGGGAGACUCCCACCCAAAUCAGGAGUGGCAGGUCUGCAAAAGUCGUUAAACUAAUAUUCGUUCCAAAUAUUCCGUAUUGAAUAAAGCUGCAAGCUUGUUACAGCAACGUGUGUAAUUUGAAUCAAAGUUCGACUGUAUCAGGGUGAGACAUGCCUACCCUGUUGAGCAUGAGAGCAGUGCUACGAGGAGCUGGUUCAGAGAGCUAACCUAACAUUAACUUCAUUCAAAGAAGGGCACAUGCCCUACAAUAAGUAAGCUGCUAGGUAGUUAGUGAGCCUUAGGCAGAGACUUCCUGUGGUUGGCAGGCCAUGUGAUGUGCCACAACAGGCAGUUAGAAGCUUUUAGCGUUCAGACGAACCGUGGGAGGAAUUAAGGCGAGCGAGAGCAGAACAGAGCGAUGCCGCCACCAGGCUGUCUCCCAGGCAGCCUGUGAUGUCACAGCAGCAGCCCCCAAGGGGAGCUCUCUGUCAGCACUGCUCAGGCAUAUCAGAGAGAGGCUCCUCCACAGCAGUCUGUGUGCUGGCUGGCUGUGGGAGGGGGUUACUGGAUAACUGAGUAUCCCUAGAGGAGUGUUGUCAAGGCGAUGGAUACAAAUGGAGAGGCGGGGUGAAGCCAAGCCCCCCCCAGACAUACAAACAAAUAAACAGACAGCUCAACUCACCGCUGUUAGUGCUCUGUCCUGGUUGUACAGUGGAUCAUUUUCAAUGUAAGAGAUUUGUUUUUAGAUCUACAGUAAAACCUCAAAGUUAAGUGAGGAAUGUGUUGUCCUUGUCAGAGAUAUGAGGCUGCAACCUCAGUAGGUUUUGUAGGCUAGCACCUCCAAACCCGUCAAGCGUCAUCGAUACUUGAUUUAACAAUAAAAAAAAAAAAUGCAUUUCUUUUCACACAUCUGCAUAUGUAUAUUUAAAUGCAUAUUUUCUCCUUAUAUUUAGUUUUUUUUGUUCACUAAUUCUUAAUGAUCAAAUGUAAGUUUUUCCUGAAUCUCUCCUCUUUCUUCCCCAGGGUCGUCCGAUACGUGGUGCCUACAGGUUCCAAGCCGUCAUCACCACUUUUGAGAUGAUCCUGGGAGGAUGCCCUGAACUCAACGCCAUAGAGUGGCGCUGUGUAAUCAUCGAUGAGGCUCACCGUCUGAAGAACAAGAACUGCAAGCUGUUAGAGGGCUUCAAGCUCAUGAGCCUGGUUCGUAGGGACAGAUCAUUCAGAAUUUUUGUCGUUCAUUUGAAAAUAUCCACAUUAUCAGGAGGGCUCUGGACAAAUUAAAUUUACCGUCAAUAUCUUUUCAUGCAGGAGCACAAGGUUCUACUGACAGGUACUCCUCUCCAGAACACUGUGGAGGAGCUCUUCAGCCUGCUCCACUUCCUGGAGCCAGCACGCUUCCCCUCAGAAAACACCUUCAUGCAGGAGUUUGGGGACCUCAAGACUGAGGAGCAGGUCAGCCAGCUGAUAUUCUCGUGUUCCUGAACAUCACAUCAUAACAUCAUCGAAAAUUUCUUUGAGUAAUCCCCGAGAUAUAAGAUCCUAUUAGUACAAAUCUAACUCUUGGAGUAAGUUCAUUCAACUUGGCCACAGCGAUAUUUCAUACACACUCACACACCCAACGUGUGGUGGAUACAGAUAACAGACACUAGUCUUUGUAUGACUACGUGCUGACACAAAAAUGAACAAGGAAAGUCGUUUUUUCCCUGCCUUGUUACAUCGCUGCUGGACAUUUCAUUUGUAGGCAGAAGAGAUGCUCAAGGAGAGACUAAGGCAUGUUGGGAGUUUGGUACUCGCGCUGAAAGUUAAAACAUUUGAAACAUCUAGUACUCACCACGCGGUACUAAAUCUAGAAGCUUAUUGUGCCGGGGGGAAUGUGAAAUCCUUUUCAUAGUAAAAGUUGCUGGUGCUUUAGUGUUGAACUUUUCAAGACAUAACUCAUGUUAGACAAGGGCCCGUGUGUGUGUGCAAUAAAAAAAGAACAGUGGUUGGGAAAAGCUGACCUGCCUCUGGGGAUCCAGUGGUUACUAAGCUGUGAUUCUGUACUUUGAGCAGAAACUCCUAAUUUUGGGGUAUGUUGGCGUGUAACAGCCGAGAAGAAAAACUACAGGAGACUGAUUUUAAAACUCGACAUGGGCAGUUUAAGGACAUCCUCACUCUAAAUCUAUAGCCAGACAUCACAGGUAUAGACACUGAUGUUGUAAGAACACUGUACUAAAUGGUGUAGAUGGUUGCUUCUAACUGUUUGGCAAUUCUUGCUUUUAUUAAGGGCGAGAUUAUACAUGUAAGCAGUUAAAGUGCUAUUAAUGAGAUGGACAUUAACAAAGACAUUGCAGAGGCUAAGUUUGUUGAAUAAAAUGUAAUUAAUUCUACAUAAAUGAUAGUGAAUUAUUGCAGUGACUAUAACUUUCUUGUAAUGUUUGAACCCACAGGUUCAAAAGCUCCAAGGCAUCCUGAAGCCCAUGAUGCUGCGCCGAUUGAAGGAGGACGUGGAGAAAAAGUUGGCCCCGAAAGAGGAAACGAUCAUCGAGGUCGAGCUCACAAACAUUCAGAAGAAGUACUACCGGGCGAUCCUGGAGAAGAAUUUCUCUUUCCUGGCUAAAGGAGCAGGCCAGGCAAACAUGCCCAACCUGGUCAACACCAUGAUGGAGCUGAGAAAGUGCUGCAACCACCCCUACCUCAUCAAAGGUAGGAUGGCACCUAUUUUACUUUUAAAUACAGGUUCAUGUAGGUGCUGAAAUGUAAAGUUGGGAUCUUGGCAGCUGAAGGUCUUCAACGCCACAAUUUCCUGUUUAGUCUUCAGGAGGUGUUUUCAGCUCAGUUUAGAAGAUUAAGAUCCUCACUAUAAUUUGGUACCUUAAGUGAUGAUUAUCUGUGACUCCACACCUGGUAAUUGUACCUUUUAAAAAGUAAUUUAAAUCUCAUCACUGUUGUAGAAGCUGUCUUUAUUUUGUACACUUAAAAUCACAGCAUCCCAUUGAAAAUCUUUCAUUUUUUUAGAGAUAUAACUAAAUAAAUGAAAUGUACCUUCUCGUGUUCAGCGAUGGCAGUAGACUUUGUUGCAGAUGUGCCUCUAAUGUUCUGUCUCAUAUACUACCUGAACAGACAUGAUAUCUUUGACAAAAAAUAGUGAAAAAGAGAAAAAGUCAAGUAAGAACGACAGUGUUGCUGAUGUUUGCUCGUCUUUGCUGUGUCAGGGGCUGAAGAAAAGAUCCUUGAGGACUUCAGGGAGGUGUACAGCCCCACUGCCCCAGACUUUCACCUGCAGGCUAUGGUACAGUCUGCAGGGAAACUGGUUCUUAUUGAUAAGCUGCUGCCCAAGAUGAAGGCCGGGGGGCACAGGGUGCUCAUCUUCUCCCAAAUGGUUCGCUGCCUGGACAUCUUGGAAGACUACCUCAUUCAGAGAAGGUAACAAAAAAGGCAGAUGAUCGAUUUGUUCUCUAAAACUCAGACUGAAUCUUUCUACUCGAGCUUGAAAUGUUGACUUUCUUAAAACUGCUGUAAAAAAGAAAAGUUUUUUAAUCAGAAUCAGUCACACAUAUUCUACAUUUAUGGUAUUGACAUUGUUUUGACAGGUUUUACAUAACAUUAAUUUACUUAUUAGACAUGCUGUUAUAAUUGUAACUCCAGAAUUUUCCUAAUCUCAAACUUUGCAGUUUUAAAAUGAAAAAUGUAAUGAAUGAACACAUUUUACCUUAAAGCUCAUUUUAACUCUUGAUUUCAGGUAUUUCAAAUGUUAAGCAGUAUUUGCACAGAUGAUUGACAGACCGCUGUAUGACAGUCUGUUAGCAGGGAAAAUACAGAAAGUCCCAGGAGGCAGAGAGGUAAACUGUGAAGGUGAUGAUCAAUAACUAAGACUUAUAUCAAGUCUAUCAAUCUACAUUAUACAGACUAAGUAUCUACAAUCUGAAUGGAAGCUCUCCCCUUGCUUUACUCUGUGUAUGUCUAUCAUCAGUGUGUAAGCUGCAUCUUAGUAACAAGAUGAAGUGAGUAGUCAGAAACACGCAUUGGGAGGUAGCAGCCUUUAGGUUAAGGGUUUUACAGCACUUGUUUAAUUGUGACAGAUUAGUGGUUGACUUCAUCUCCUUCUUGUCGUUAUUCUCAAGUCUUCCGCCCCUCAGUCUUCUGUUUUUUUCACCGUGCUGCUCUUCUGACUUUACGUCUGGUUCAACUUCUCUCAUUCUUAUGGCUUCCUACCAGCAGCUGGCGCAAACCCUGAACUAUUGUAAACAUGUCGAGGUGCUGCGCAGCGCAGACCUCAGACAGGGUUCAGCAACAGGUUAUUGAAGCCCUCGGGGCUCCACCACAUGAAACAAGCAGUGUUUUCUGUGAGUCUUCUUCUGACUGGAAGUGGAUUACCUUGGGGAGGGCAGGGGGUUGGAUUGUGGGAGGAGAUGAGAAUGGACACAAGAUGAAAGAGUGCAACACCCUCUGAGUUUUGUCUGAGAGUGUACAGUUUCCAUGGCGUAGAAGGAAAACACAGGAAAAGUUGAGUAUCUGAAGAAGAUCAGGGGACCAGGUAGAUAAUACAAGGAAUUAUUUAGAAUAUUGAUGUUAAGUUCUUACUUUUCCCUAAAUAAAUGUAUCCCACUGGCAAUGAACAUUCAUCAUGACUCAAAUUUUCUCUGUUGCAGGUACUUGUAUGAGCGGAUAGAUGGCCGGGUUCGAGGGAACCUGCGGCAGGCAGCAAUAGACCGCUUCAGCAAGCCUGACUCAGAGCGCUUUGUAUUCCUUCUCUGCACAAGAGCCGGUGGUCUGGGAAUCAACCUCACUGCAGCAGACACCUGCAUUAUCUUUGACUCUGACUGGAACCCGCAGAACGACCUGCAGGUACGACGAUAAAACCGCAUCCACUCACUCACUCGCUGAUAAAACACUGCUUACAUGUUGUCCAGUUAAAAACGGGACAUUGACGUCUGUGUCAAACAGGACGCUGUUGCUUAAUCACAUCGUCUGGUCAUUUGCAGGCUCAGGCUCGCUGCCAUCGGAUUGGUCAGGACAAGGCAGUCAAGGUGUACCGUCUCAUCACCAGGAACUCGUACGAAAGAGAGAUGUUUGAUCGCGCCAGCCUCAAGCUGGGCCUGGACAAAGCAGUGCUGCAGAGCAUGAGUGGCCGCGAUAACAGCCUGGGAGGAGGCACUGGUGGAGGGGUAAGUUUGAGAAUUUUCCAAAUGAUUCGUAACAGAAAUGGGGAAUUAAAUCAAUUAAUCAUGUUAAUUAUGUUCGGUUCAUUUUCAAAGAGGAAUGUUUGUUUGGGAUUUUCAUUUCAGGCUGGGCAUGAUUUUUUCUUGAUCAACUAUCUCAUCAGAUGGUUACACUAAGAAGCUCGAAACCGCAGAAGCCUGGCAUGGCACUCUGAUAAUUAUUGAGUGCUGUUUUGUUUUUUUGUCUGUUUUAUUUGUGUAAUCUAUCCUCCCUUUCACAUACUCCGAUAAGCACUGUACAAAGAAAACAAUCUCAAAAUCAAGAUGGAUCUUAAACGAGUACUCUCCUUCGGCUUGACUUCUAAAUUUACCACCAGUUUUUUUUUUUUUUUUUUAACAGCGAUGGUAUUAUUACUGUGAAAAUCCUAAAAAAGCAAAUAAACCUGUUUCUUAAACUAACAACGACGAUGAUAAAAGUCAACAGUUUCCCAUAUCAUCAGUCCCAGAUGAUAUUGGCUAAAUGCUGUAACAGAUGGCAAACAACAAGAAGAUGGCAAACAAAGAAAAAACAAAUGUGCACAAACCCUCAAACUUGGAACUGGCUCAUGAAAUUUGUACUUUAAGUGUAACCAAUCCUAUUAGAGUCUAAUCUCUUUGUGAGGGAGUGUGUCAACAACAUGUGAAGGGUGUAGGUGGAUGUUUAGCUGAGGUUGAUGUCCUCUGAGAAUUAUCUAAAGUAUAAGGAGGUUGAGCUAUUAGUCGGCCUCCACAUCCGGUCUGACUUAAUAAACAGCUGCUGGGCUGCUGAUGGUAAGAAUUUAAUAACACAACAGGUGUGUGUCUUUAAUUGUGCUUUUUAUCGUCCAAUCUGCAGAUUCUGCGUGCUGCGUUAUGUGUCACUGGGUCCCAUUUUGUAAUUCAUAGUCAACAGAAUGUCUAAUUUUCCUUUUAUUUUGCCUGUAGGCUGUGCAGCAGCAGCUGUCUAAAAAAGAGAUCGAGGAUCUGUUGCGACGUGGUGCUUAUGGGGCGAUCAUGGAUGAGGAGGACGAAGGGGCCAAAUUCUGCGAGGAGGACAUCGACCAGAUUCUCCAGCGCAGGACAAAGACUAUCACCAUCGAGUCUGAGGGACGAGGAUCUACCUUUGCAAAGGUGACGGAUAGAGACCUUUACUCAGAUCAGAUGAUGCAAAAUGCACAAAUACCUCUGAAAUGUAGCAGUCAACAACACAGUGUGGAUUUGUUAAUGUUUUGUAAUUUUCCUCUUUCAGGCUAGUUUCGUAGCAUCUGGGAACCGCACGGACAUCUCUUUGGAUGACCCCAACUUCUGGGACAAGUGGGCCAAAAAGGCUGACAUUGACAUGGAGAUGGUCAACGGCAGAGUAUGUCACACACCGCAUACAGUUGUUUUAACAGAGAGUUGCAGCCUUUGUAAAUCUGUGUUAGAGUUUAUCUGUGUAAGAGACUUUUGCUGAAAUCUUGUUUGUCCUCCUCCCUUUUGCAGAACAGCUUGGUUAUUGACACUCCUCGUGUUAGAAAGCAGACCAGGCCCUUCAGCGCUACAAAGGAUGAGUUAGCUGAGCUGUCAGAGGGCGAAAGCGAUAGUGAUGAUACCAAACCUAAGCUCAGGCGAAACCAUGACCGUCUCAACAGCUACGGCCGCACAGAGUGCUUCAGAGUUGAGAAGAACCUGCUUGUUUACGGGUGAGAUGUUAUGACAAAUAUGUGUUCCCAUGCAUUUGUAUGUUUUAAAGUUCACAAAUGUACUCCAAGUAAUAUCUUAAAGAUGAAGAGGAACUUUCCUUCUGAGACAACUUUUCAUAAAUUUGUCUUUUCCUCUCUGCUCUCCAGUUGGGGUCGUUGGAAGGAUAUUCUGAACCAUGGGCGUUUUAAGAAGCAGCUCACAGAGUGGGACGUGGAGUCCAUCUGCAGGGCCCUCCUGGCUUACUGCCUGGUCCAUUACCGUGGAGACGACAAAAUCAAAAGCUUCAUGUGGGACCUGAUCGCCCCUACUGAGGAUGGACAAACCAAGGAGUUGCAGAACCACUUGGGUGAGUCUGUGGACUUGUAGCUCAGACAUAAGAAGCCUUAUCUCAACAGACAGUAGUAUUUACUGUGUAGAAGUCAGAAUAAUAGAGGUGUUUGAUUGCAUUGCCUUUACUUCCUAAAGCUCUCUUUGUCUUUGUGUCCCCUAGGUUUGUCUGCCCCAGUUCCUCGAGGCAGGAAGGGAAAGAAGAUGAAGACUCAGUCGAGUGCUUUCGACAUCCACAAGGCAGAGUGGCUCAGAAAACACAACCCAGAGCACAUGCUUCAGGACGAUGGCUACAAGAAACACCUCAAACACCACUGCAACAAGUAGGUGGCUUUUUACUCCUCUUAGCACACAGUUGAAUAUAAUGAAUGAAUUACACUGAUGGAUUUCCUUUUUGGGGAUGAAUAUAGGUCUUAUAGUGUUUCGGCUUCAGUCAAAUUCCCUUUCAAUCACGGAGAACACUUAUUUGGUUCAAGGACCAGUUCACUUCAGUUCUGCAUGUAGUUACAAGGGUAUAAUUCUGCUUUCAAAGGGUGUAUGAGAAAGAAAAUUUCCUCUCUUACUGGCAGGCAAUUGCUUGUAAAGUCACCUCAAUACAAUGGCUAAAUAUUCCUAAUAACCCAAAAUAGUGUUAUUAGAUAAAAAAAGACUCCCAUGAUGUUGUAUAUUUCCAGCAUUAAGCUUGCUCACAGCACACAUGGCAAUUAGUAGUCUAGGGUUGGUUUGUUUUAUUGCCUGUGGGAGAGAGUGUGUGCGAUUGUGUCUGUGUUUAAACCUUUGUGCUAUUAUAGCAACUGGCAGGUGGUCAUUAUUCUCUCCAGCACAGAUUGUAUCAGUUUAUUUUUAAUAGAAUGAAGCCUAAGUGAAAAAUGAAAAUAUAAUUUGAACGUGGCUCAAAUUCUAACCAUGGAACCUCCAAGCCACAGUAAUUAGGAGGCACUAAAACAUCUAUUGGAGCCGACAGCAGACUGAUUCAUUAAAGGACACUCAUCACUUUGAGACCAGCUGACUGAUAUGAUUGUUAAUGAGGCUUCAGCCAAGCUAAUGGCUAUCAUAGAUCUCUCUUAUUUACAGAGAGAGGGAAAAGAUGGCUGCUAUCAAAACACGGGACGUUGAGAUAUAAAGCUGAAUAGAUGGCUGCUGCUGCUGCUUCUUUUGAAAAGGGGGGCUUGUGCUUAUUGGACGCCGGGUGCAGAGCGCUGCAGCUUCCAUAGAAAGUUCGCCAUUGUUUCCUGGUCCAGUUGUGCUGAAUCCAGGGAUUGUCUGAUAUGUGACACGCUGGGUAAACGGGGACAUGCAGUCAGCAGGGUUUGCUGACUUUUGCAUUUUUCACUGUGAGGACCUGGAAUGUGACUGGUGGGGUGAAAGAGGGACGGGUGGGUGGUGUUGAUAGGCCUCCUUAACAGGGCAGUCAAAGUAGGACAGAGCCCUGACACACAAUGGAAAAAGUACGGGGUUAAAAAUUUGCAGAAGUCUGACAGACAAAUGACUUGUACUUAAAGCAGGUCCCGGUCUGUAUUUUGUACUGAUUUGACAUCAGAUAUCAGAAACUGUAAUUAAUAGAGCUGCUCUGGCAUUUAGAGUACAGCUCUCAGCAUAAGCACUGGACAGAUUUAUAUAGUUUGUAUGUUUUUGAAUCAGAUGUUUAACAGUGAUUAAAUAUGUCUGUGUUACACCGGACUUUAAUAGAUUGUUUUCUGUCGAAGGAUCAUGAAGGAUUCUUUGCAUGCCACUCAUGUAACACAUACUUGGCUUAUUUGCCUCUGAAAGACAUUGUAUGACUGGGCUGAGAUCCUGCGCAGCCUCCGACUGAACCACACUGCACACACAAGCACGCACACAUUGAUUAACAAAGGCUUGGAAGAAGAGCAAGAGAGGGCCGCGCUGACAGGCAGAGGAAGCAGCAGCUGCUCCUGGGCGGGUCCAGUCACACAGGAGGAUGGAGGGUGGAGGAGGGAGGAAGUUCAAGACUUUGAUUUACCAGAGGCACAAGUUCAGACAGGUCACCACGGACAUCUAUCACAGUGAAAGCCCAGGAAAUGUUCCUGUCUGUGAAUCAGGGAAGGAUUUAAGACUCAUUCAGGACAAUAUUUAGCUGAAUUACAGCAUAAAGAAUGAGGAAUGUCUGGUAUGAAAUACGUUGUUAGUGAGGCAGUCUACACUUAUUUUAGUUUGUGCUGUCUCAAAUAAGGCAGCUCUAUAGAGAGGUGGAGUGGAGAUGACAGGUUCACAACAUUAAGUGACUGGUGAAGUUUGGUGAUAAUUUUUGAAGCUGUUUCAAGUAUAAAGAAGAAGAUAGAGUCACAGUUUGCUCAGAGGGGGUAUUUAUUUCAAGUUUGUAGAUUUUAUUCUGAAUUAUCAAACUGUAAAGACUUCAGUAGUCCAGCAACAAGUUCGGUUAUGCUCAAUGAGAAGAGUUUUCUCAUCCGUAUCAACAAAUAGCAGUAGGGUGCUCCAUUCAUAAAUCUAUCUGAUCAUUUGACAGUGUCAGAGGAGCGCACUGUAUCCUCCGAGAUGACACCAUGUUGUGAGGAACAAUUGUAAGACGGCUAAUGACUACACAGCCGUACAAAUCCUCCGCAGAGAGUCUCGCUCCAGUGCCAGAAAUCCUUAAAACCUCCGUGCAGAAUUUUUCCAACAGCAGACAUUACAUGGCAGAAUUUUAAUAAUCAUUCUGUGUUCAGACAAAAUGCAAAAUCUCAGGGCGUACCAGACGUUCCAGCCUGGCACACCAGCGCAAACACAUUUCCCACCACUUGACUGUGUCUUCGCUCAAAGCCUGCUGGCUGUGAUGUGUGAUCAUGCAUCACAGAGCUAAUGUCUCCCCUGUGAGUCAGCCUCCCUCUACCUUGUCAGCCUCGGCUUCCCAGCCUUCAUCGCCUGCCAGAGCACGACCACAUGACGACUGGAGAGAGACUGUUGACUGUUCAUUCAGUCGUCAGAGCCGAGCCGUGGAAAUGCGUAUGACUCCCUUUGAGGCCUAUACACUAAUGUUGACUUCAGUCGAACCAUAAUUCACAUUAAUUGAUCUGGCUUAGUCUGUACUGUGGUGAGCUCUUUGGAAGGCAAGCUUACACUUAAUUGCAGAACAUAAAACAAACCCUGAUCACUGGCAUACGAAUCAACAUGAAUUCAUUAGAAUAUCUGUGUUUGUGCGAUUAAAAAAAACGAUACAUGAAAUGCUUAGAUCAGUUUUAGUAUCACAGCUAAAUUGCCGCACAUUUCUGUCACUUGCAUUGUGUUCAACAGAUUUGAGCGGAGGUUUGUGUGUGUGUGUCUGUGUCAGUGUGUGGGUGCAUGCGUGCUGGUACUGCUCGCUCAGCGUUUGUACAUGAUCGGGGCUUUGUUGUGACCAGUGGGUUUUCUCUGUGAAGGGUGCUGCUCAGGGUCAGAAUGCUCUACUACCUGAAACAAGAGGUGAUAGGAAGCCAGGCCCAGAAGGUGCUGGAUGGCGCAGACUCCAGGUGAGCUCAACUUUCACCUACUCAGACCUCACAAUACACAUCCUGUCCUGUACUUUGCCUUUUCUAACAGUUCUCUGUUGUUUUGCAACUCUACAAAUUUAUUCAACCAACACAUUUCCAACAGCACAGAAGAUAACACCUAACCCUCUUAAUUCACAGACUUCCUUCUGAUAUGCACAGAAAUGAGAUGGAUUAAGUAGCUUUAGUGCAACAUCUCAAAGUUUUUUUUUUUGGAGAGAGUAAAUUAUUUUUGAGCAUUUUUAAAUCAGCUUAAUGCAAAAUGGCUCAUUUUUCAGUUGGAGUGGCGAGGAUGGUCACCAGCAUCUGGUAACAACCUGUUGAAGGAAGAAAUAUCAGAUCAGCUAAAUUAAGAAGACGGUUGUAGAGCUCCACCUGCUGGUGGAAGUCUGUGAUUUUUAAAGUCUUCUGCAGAUAGACCGCAUGGAUGAAGAAGCUUUAUUAAAAUCAGGUCUCAUAACAAACAAGCGCACAAACAAGAAGAAAGAGGCUGUUAGGAUUUCACAUUUCUUGUAAUUGUUUUAGGACAUUUAAACAUUUUGGCUCCUGAAUUUCAUCGACAGUAAUUUAACGCAGAAAACAGUUUGAAGUGAGUUUUUAGAAAUUGCAUGAGGUCUUUACAGUUAAAUACUUCAAUAUACAUAAACAUUAUAGUCUAGUUAGAAAACUGUAUUUUCUUUGUUAAAUGAAAUGACCAAAAUCUGAGGAGCUCUCUCUCCUUCAAUCAAGAGCUGCUUGUCCCAGUUUCUAUGCACAAAUUUACUUCAGUUCAUCUCAUGCCUUGUUACAACAGAGGAUCUGUGUCAAACUCAACUGCUGCUAGUGUGAGAUAUUCUCAAGUAAAAAUCCUCCUCUGCCUCCCAUCCAUCAAGCUUUCUUCCUUUUCCUUUUUAGUGAGAUAAAGAUCUGGGUGCCAGAGCCCGACCAUUCGGAGCUGCCAGCCUUGUGGUGGGAUGCCAUCUCUGACAAGUGUUUGCUGUUGGGCAUCUUUAAGCAUGGUAAGGGACCUCAGCGUUCACUCUGACUUGGUACUUUGAAAAAGUUUCUCAAAAGAGAAAACUCUGCGAGCUUUGCUGUACUUUCCAAGUGUCUGUGUUCACUUUCCAAAGGUGUAAAAGUCAAUACUGGUGAUAAAACAUUGGCGUCUGUGUCUAACCUUGAUGUUUUUUCUGGGACUAAUAGCCAUGAAAAAUAAAAAGAGGGGAAAAACAGAAAAUCUGGGUCCUUGGUGUGUUUGUGGGAAAUCAUCCAGCAUGUAUAGAUAUUCCUCUGUGCCUGUCCAAGAGUUCCCAUGUUUUGUCAUCCUCUAACUUUGUUUUUCACUCAUCCUUGCGUGCUUACACAGGUUAUGAGAAGUACAACACUAUCCGUGCAGACCCAGCCCUGUGCUUCAUAGAGCGCGUGGGGCGGCCGGAUGAGAAGGCCAUAGCUGCUGAGCAGAGAGGCAAUGAUUUCAUGGAUGGGUGAGUACAGGGUGCCAGUCCUGAGUCAUUAAACUCUGUGUAUGUCAUUGUGCCGUGUUUAUAAUCAAAAUCUUUAAAAUCAGUGUCAGGUGGGUUGUCAAGUACAGAAAAAUCACACAAACUCUGUAUGUUUGUAGGGAUGUAGAUGAUCCCGAGUACAAACCCGCCCCAGCUCUGCUGAAGGACGAUAUGGAGGUAAUAUCUCAUGAAACCAAACUGACCCUAGUACACUCUGCAAUAUAAAUAUAUACAGUAUAUAUUUGUUUUUUUCAUGAUUGAUUGUCUAUCAUUUAAUCUUGACUUCCUCUAAACUAGUUUAACAUUGCUAAACCUGAAAUAAACUCCCUUUCUUCUCUUGCAGGAUGACGCCUCUUCACCUGGAGACUUGGUUGUCACUGACAAUGCUGGAGGUGAGAUUAGAUGCUCCUAAUCCACAACAGAUUAUCAUCACUUACAUAAACAUAGGCAGUCCUACAAGCAUGGGACGAUUUGGAGAAGUUCUGAUAUAGAAACUUGUAAAUUUAAAGAAUUAAUUUUUUUCCUGCCUCUUGUAUGUGAUAUGAGAAAUCAAAGCAGUCGACUUGAAUUCAGGGUGUCUAAGACUGUGUUACGCUCUGAUCCAGAUGCAGUUCCAGUGACGGGAGGUGAAACCAUCUACUGGCCCUCAUCCUCGGUGCUUACAGCCAGGCUGAGGCGUCUAAUUACAGCCUCUCAGCGCUUCACAAAGAGCCGGCAAAUCCUCCACAUCCACCAGACUCAGUCUCAGUCCCAGCCCACCAUGAUACUGUCUGCUCCACUCUGCCCACUGCCUCCCACUCUCAACGACACUCUAAACCCCAAGAUGGUGGCUAAGAUUGAACGUCAGCAAAGGUAAGAUCAUAAGGAAAUUCUGUAUUCGAUAAAGACACAUGACAGACCUAGACUGGCUGGAUAAGUGAAUAUAAAAUACAUGAAUCUAAAAAGGUAUACAUUGUUGUACUUCUCCAGAUGGACUAGGAGAGAAGAGGCCGACUUCUACCGUGUUGUCUCCACAUUUGGCGUCGUCUUCGACCCAAGCCUGGGCCGGUUUGACUGGACCAAGUUCAGGGCGAUGGCUCGGCUACACAAGAAGACUGACGAGAGCCUGCAGAAAUACCUGUGUGCUUUUACCGCCAUGUGCCGAAGGGUGUGUCGCCUACCACCCAAAGAGGGAGGUCAGCAAUCUUCCAGCUUAUUUACACACAAAUACACUUAAAUCGAUUGUAUUUCUCACAGUCAAAGAGAAAAAGGCUGAGCACUCAAAUAAUCAUAUCAAACUUAGUUUUUUCUUUGGCAUCUUGCUAACUAAUAGUAAGUUAAUGACAAAAUCAUGACAUUUGAGAUGUGUAGAAAUUAGGUGAAAUCUAAUUAGCUAUUUUGAGUUUAAAUGAAUCAGGAUCUGUUUAGAAAUAUUGUAUAUGAAUAGGUUUUCAUGAGCAUAUGUUGUGAUUCGAUGCAUCAUAUUGCUUUUAGAAAGAUAUGAAUAGUUGAGUUUCAGUUAAGGAAGUUUUCUGCCUCCAUUUCUACUUUGUGUGACUUUACCCUAAAAGAGGGAGGUUUGUCCUUAAAAAAUACUGGCUCAAUAGUCCAGAGGUAGAAAGAUUGACAAGGUUAAUCAUUUGCUAAAGGCAAACAGUACGAUGUUGAAACUCCAGGCGCAAACAGGUCUUUGGAUUCAGCCUGUAGAGAAGCUUCUGUUUCCUGGAGCUCACUUUCUUUUUUCCUUUUUGUCUCAGACUCUGCUGUGGACCCGUCUCUGACCAUCCAGCCCAUCACAGAGGAGCGAGCGUCUCGUACACUGUACCGAGUAGAACUUCUCCGCCAGGUGAGGGAGCAGGUCCUCCGCCAUUCGCUGCUCUACGAGCGCCUGCCACUGUGCCAGAUGAGCUCUGACUUACCCGUGUGGUGGGAGGCAGGCACUCAUGACCGCGACCUACUAGUAGGCGCAGCCAAACAUGGUGUCAGCCGCACCGAUUACCACAUUUUGAGAGAUCCUGAACUCAGCUUCAUGGCCGCCCAACGCAACUACAGCCAAACAAAAACGACGCAGCAGCAGUCGCGCACACCCACCCCACUUCUGCACAGUCAAAGCCAGACCAGCAGCUCAGCGUUGACAGGUUCACCACUGCCACCACCUGCCCAGAGAGACACGGAGCCAGGUUUGGUUGUGCCCAAAGUGGAACCAGCCUCAGAGGGUGAGGAAGGCAGGGAGAAGCCUGGAGAGAGCUGGAGUCCCUCUCAAGCACCAGCUACUCCCACAGGCCUGGAGGAGAAGCCCAUUACCGAGGCAAAGGACAGCGAGAAGAAGAUGGUGGCGGCACGAACCAAACCUCUCACACCAAACUCCUCGGAGAGGAAACCCAAGAAGUCCAGCAAGAGAGGGCGCAGGGAGGCGAGGAGAGGCUCAGAGUCCGACUCGGAUGGCUCCUCCUCAAGUUCCUCAUCGCGCUCCUCCUCCUCUUCAUCAUCCUCAUCUUCUUCCUCAUCACAUUCUGGGUCCAGCUCCUCCUCCUCUUCUUCAUCUUGCUCUUCUGGGUCUUCAUCAUCAUCAUCAUCAUCUUCAUCCUCUUCUGAUGACAGCGAUAGUGAAGGAGAAGAAGGAAAGAAGAAAGGUGAGGACUUCUGAUCCUUCUAAUGUGCAGAUUUCAAAACACACCUGUGUUAUCCUUAUUUCAUUCUCAGUGUGGGCAUGUUCGUUUGCAAAUAGAAAAACAAAGUAUAGGUAACCUGAUAUCUUUGCCUUUUAUUCCCGCUGCUGUGUCCUGUUCAUGUGCACACUGCUUCUAAUCUCUUUCUCCAUCCUGUCACAUCCUCAGUGCCUGCAGCAACGAGUGUGAAGGGCUUUGAUGAGGACAGUGUGGCGUCUCUGAGCACGACACAGGAUGAAACACAAGAUACUCACAUGGCGGAGAACGGCAUCAACAACUCCUCACAUCCUUUCCAGGGAGGGGGCUACAUGCUCGCUGCCUCCUACUGGCCAAAGGUAACGUCCUAUUUGAUAUCUCCUCGCUUGUAGUACAAACAACACUUUUAAAACAAACAACGUAUGAUUUCUUGGUUUUAACUCAACUUUUGGACAUGAAGAAGUGACUACGAGAAUCAUGAUAACCAUAACAAAAGAAGGUGAUGAAAAAGCGAGAAUCUCAGUAGGCCUUCAUACAGGCCUCCGUGUGGGGCCAUACUUUUGAUUUUCAGAAAAUACAAAGUUUAGCUUUUCUCUAUCUCUCUCUGUCUCUCGACCCUAAAUUCAUCAAAACCUAGAUUAACCCUAUUCCUGUGGUAGGGAUUGCACCAACCCAUUUUUGAUUUUAAAUUCUUAAAAGAACCACUUAAAUGAGCUUUUUUGCAUCAAGACUUUUUGACUUUGUCAGGAACCUUUGACGAACCUCUGACCUCGGUGUGAGGGUAUACUGACAAAGAAAGGCCCAGAGGCCCACUACAAAAAUAUUAUAAGCAGUAUUUUCAUGGAUAAUGAAGCCUAACAAGGUAACCUUGGGAUGAGAACCAAAUUGGAUGAUAGAAAAUUGCCUUUAGUGUAAUUUACAGAUGAUUUUAGACACGGGUCAAAACCGAACCUGAACAUGGUGGGUGCGUAGUGAAAGCUAGCACAGGAGGAAGGUUAAAUGAAACAACUGAAGAUUGUUCCUUCAUUAGUCAACUUUGUCUCUGUUUGUCUGUAUUUAUUCAAGUAUUCAGAGGUGUUAUGAUCUUCUCACAAUUACAAUCAUCGCAUGUUCUAAGAGUCUGAACGUGCUGAUAGUCAUUCGCUGUUUCUUCAGGAUCGUGUGAUCAUCAACCGCCUGGACAGCAUCUGCCAGGCAGUGCUAAAGGGCAAGUGGCCAGGAACACGCCGGGUGUACGAGCCCGGAGGUGCGGUGGCUUCCUUCUACACCACCAAGCUGUUGGACAACGCCAACAGCCUGUGCGAGGACCCCUCUGCCUCACCACAGGGGUCAAAGGUGACCAAGCAUGUUGCAGAAAACAAGGAGUUCUCAGUAAAACUGAACGAUGUAUGUUGAUUUCUCCCUUAUUCCCCUCCUCCUCUUCCUCCUCCCCUGCUUCGCCCUAAUCCUAGGACCCUACCACUUCUGCUGCCAUGACUGGUGUUAGCUGCCGUGUUCAGCAUGUUUCACUGGUUUUUCUUCCUUCUUUCCUUUGGGUAUGAUUAGUGGUUUUGACUGCCUGGCAGGAGGAGAGAUUAAUUUAAUAACAGCCUUCCUCUCUUUUCCCACACACUCAAUUUGAAUCGGGCUCUGAGGCUGUGAUUACAUGAGCACAAAUCACUCAGUCAUGAGAACAUAAUGAGUUCAUUUUGGAGCCUCUCUUUACUGAAGGGGUCGUGCUUAUAAUCUGAUUGAAAUGGAGCCCUCGUCUGUGGGUGUUUUCAAGUAUGCACCGAGGCAUGUGGCCAUUAACUUGACAGGCUUCAGAUUUGCUUCAUUUAUUUCUUUGAUUUUUUUAUUUCUAUUUGAAGGUAUAAUUUGGGAAAAGAUCAUUUUCAAACACUUGCUGCUUGUUACCUUUAAAACCUUAAAAGCUGACAGCAGCUAUCUCUUCAGCAUGGCUUCCCAAUUCAGUCCAAACAAUGACUAGACUAAACCCGCUGCCCUGCUAGCCACUCCCCGUUCUUGUGUCCGUGUGUCCCAAUAUUACUAACACGAAAAUAACCCAAAAUGUUCUCUUCAUGUGAACAACAUGUCAAUAAAUAAUGCCUUUAAAGAGGAGUGAAGGAGUAUCUUCCCAAAGUGUAAGCAACAUAAAAAAUAACACUUAAUCUAUGGUCCUUAAAUCUCUGAAGAGAUGAACAGGCAGUGAGAGCGGUCAGCAGCCUAAGGAGGAGUUUUUAAAAUUUGCAAAGGUUUCUCCUUGUUUACCUUAAUUUCUUCCUCCUGGAUUAUUCCCCUCCCUCUACAUGCCUAACAUCUUUGUUUUCGAUGGGUAACAGGAGGGAGGUCUGAAGCUGACCUUCCAGAAACAAGGUCUACCUCUGAAGAGGCCCCUGGAGUCGGAGGAGGGUCCCCAGGCCCAGCAGCAGUACCUGGCCCGGCUUCAUGAGCUGCAGAGUGCCUCAGACACAGGCCUGGCCGACAUCACCAAGCCUCAGUGCAGCUUUCAAGCUGGUAUGUUUGAUUGAAACGCUGAAGAAGCUUAAAAGACCUGUGCGACAUAGAAUGUGUUGAUCCCAUUGUUAAGCUGCAGGUCGACUGCUCCACUAGGUGGCAGCAAAAGGUAGUUUCCAGGAUAGAAAACAUGGAUGAAAUUUCUCAUCUUCUUUGGCCUUGCCGGCCUUAAUUACACAUGUUUUAAAAAACUGUUUAGUCUAAAAAACAAACUUAUUAGGCCUGGAGUGAAAAUCUAAACAGGUUUGGCUGAAUGUCCUUAAAAUUUAAGACAAUGUAUCUCAAAGAUCCAUCAUGUUAUUGAGUAUCAGCAAAAGCGUUCAAAGUAGAUCAGAACUGAUUGGCUGUUUUUUUUCUGCAGCACCUCCAGAUCUUACCGGUCAGAUGAGGCUAAACGGGGUACUGGAUGGUCAGCCGGUGGUGAAGAGGAGAAGAGGAAGGAGGAAGAAUGUGGAGGGGAUGGACCUGCUCUUCAUGAAUAGGAAUCGGGUUCCUGCUGUUUCUGAUCAGGUAACCUGUUGUCUUUUCUUCUAUUUGAUUAAAACAACAGCUCCUUACACAGGUGUAUUUAUAAUUCUGUGUUUGGUGUUUAAUAAUGUGUACAAUGAAUAAUAUCAAUGAUUGUAAUGUAUCACCUAUAAUAAUGAAUGUGGUCAUACUAAACAUGAACGGCUCUUCGGUCUCUGUCUCUUUAGGUGCCUCCUGGCUGGGGCGGUAUUGGCCAGGUGGGCAUGGCUGUGGCCGCUAUGCCAGGCUUUAGCCAGAGCUCCAACCAGGUCCCAGGGGACAUCGACAGCAGAGUCCCCGUCAUCAACCUCAAAGAUGGCACACGGCUUGCUGGGGACGACGCUCCAAAGAGGAAGGAUCUAGAUCUGUGGCUGAAAGAGCAUCCCGGCUUUGUGGCAGACACAGGAGCCUUCAUCCCUGUGAGUGCUUUUGUUUGUUUGUCUGUUUCCUUCCCUCAUCUUUAAGGUUUCUGUUGUGUGACAGGAAGGACUUUUUGUGAUGGUUAUUAAAGAGGUGUGUUUUACUCAUCAGUCAAGGAUUCGAAAUGAUUUGCGAUAACUGACUUAAACAUGCAGUAAAUAUGCUUUCUGUUUAGAGGGAUGAUUAGCAUAUUUUAAAGCAGGUAUAAAGCAGGGCUUCCCAAUCAAUUCAACAGUGUUACUUUAACAGAACUUUUCUUCCAUUUCCCUUCCAGGGGGUAAAUAAGAUGCAGAUGCAGUUCCACUUCCAGGAUGGUCGGCCUAAGCAGAAGAGGCACCGCUGCAGGAACCCCAACAAGAUAGACGUUAACAGCCUGACAGGAGAAGAAAGGGUCCAGAUUAUCAACAGGAGAAAUGCACGCAAGGUUUGUUUGUGUCUGUGGGAAUGCUUUCACUGUGAUUUAAAAAAAACAACAACGCUACUUUUGCUUUUUCCAAGUGACAAUUUGUAAAAUGUGCAUUUUACACAUUGUUUUGCACAUUGGUUUUAUGUUACCUUCAAUCUGCCCUACAGGUUGGUGGAGCCUUCGCUCCUCCUUUGAAGGAUCUGUGCCGGUUCCUUCAGGAGAAUCCUGAGUACGGAGUUCCACCUGAGUGGGCUGAUGUUGUCAAACAGUCGGUGAGUCAAAAGUAACAAGUCCAGCGUAUCGAAACUUUUAAAGAAACUAGUUUAUCAAAGAAAGAUCAUAACAAAUCAGAAUAACAGGAUAAUAACAUCAACAUAACAGAACCCAAAUAAACGGGUCAGACAUGUAAAAUGUAUCUUUUACAGUUUUAUACUGUGUUCUAUAUCAUUAGCAGUGAAGACUUGUGUUCAUCUCUGCUGCAGCACUAAGUCCAAUCAUGUUGUCCAUGUGUUCUCCAGGGUUACCUUCCAGAGAGCAUGUUUGACAGGAUCCUAACAGGACCCAUUGUACCUGAGGAGGUGAGUCGACGUGGACGUCGUCCUAAGAAUCCUCUGGCCAAGGCAGCAGCAGCUGCAGCCGCUGCAGCUGCAGCAGCGCCAAACCCCGCAGCCUCAGCCUUGGGUCUGAACCCUCUGCUGGCCAAUGGCCUCCUCUCUGGAAUGGACCUGACCAGCCUGCAGGCCUUCCAGCAAAACCUCCAGAGCUUGCAGUCCCUACAGCUGACUGCGGGCCUAAUGGGGCUGCCGUCUGAUGCCAGCAACCUGGCUGCAAGUAACCUGGCUGCCAUGUUUCCCAUGAUGCUCUCUGGUAUGGCUGGAAUCCCAAACCUCAUUGGCAUGAGCAGCUUAUUAGGGAAGCCCGUUCAGGAGGGAGCCGGGGGCUCUGAAGAUGUGACAAAGGGAAUCAUCAGCAGUGUUACAGGAGAGCCGUCAGCCUCUAAAGUCCCCUCUCACACCUCAGACACCAAAGGAGAAAGGACAGAGGGCUCAAACACCACUCCUUCCUCCACUUCCAGCUCCUCUUCCUCGGCCACCGCCCCACAAAGUGCUUCAGCUGCUUCUGCAGCCUCCAGUCACCCACUGUCUCUUAACCCCUUGUUACUCUCCAGUAUGCUUUACCCAGGGAUGCUUCUCACUCCAGGCCUUAACCUUCCUGUGUCUGCCACACAGCCGCAGAGCUCAAACAGUGACCCCACCCCUCCUCCUCCUCCCCCUCCUCAGCCUGCAGCCGCCCAGUCAUUGCCACAGGAGACAGAGGUGCCGGCAGCAGGGAAGGAUGGAGAGGAGGAGGAUGAGGAGUUAGAGGAAGCUUUGGACGAAGAUGAAGAAGAGGAAUCAGCAGAGCAAAAAGAGAACAGUGGUCCGGAAGGUUCAGGAAAAGCCGAGUCAUCUUCAUCAGAAUCGGGGAGCUCUUCUUCUUCGUCGGAUGAUUCAGACUCCAGUGAUGAGGACUGACCCUCUGAAUAUAUAAUUAUAGAUUUAUUUAUGUAUUGCCUAGAAAUGUAUACAUAUAUUCACAUAUAUAUAUGGAUUUUCCAGCACUUAUGUUGCGAUUUCUUUACAUGUAAAUACAAGAACUAACUAAAAUGUUGUGUAAUAAAGACUACAAAAACGAAAAAAAAAAAAAAAAAAAACUGACUUAAGAUACUGAAAUAAGAUUUCAGUUCUUGUUCAAUGGUACAGUCUUGUUUUGAGACAUUUUGCAUGUCAGACUUUAGUAGGUUUCUGAACUCUGUGAACUUGUACCACGCGAUUAUGUACAAUUGCAACAAAAAAAGGCAUUAUUGUAAUUAUGUCAGGAUUUAAUUUUAUUAAAAAAGUGAAACUACAUCAACAUGCUCACUGAGCUGUACUAUUAAUAUAUUUUGAUUGUCAGGGGUUGGGAGAAUGAGACUUGACAAACACUUUAGUUUCUCUUGUACAUAGUAAGGACUUAUACAGGUUUGUUGACACUUAUGCUUUGCAGAUCAUACAUUGGAUAUGUCAGCAAUAACUUGGGCAGCUAAUGAAUGUCACUGAAGCUGUAGAUCCUCUGUCUGCCAUGUUUCAACCCAGUGCACAACUCAACCUCACUUUCUUUCAUAUCACGUUGGUGAAUUAGUUUCUACAUUUGUUCACAUCCUCUUUUAGGAAACAGAAUUGCCUGAAGCUCCCUCUGACACAGCUUCAAAAAUAGAGGGAAAUCUGUACAAGUAUUACUUUCUUUCAACAAACAAGACAAGCUUGAAUCCCUCAAGGUGGAUCAAAAAUGUAGUUUUCAGCUGUGAUUUAUUCUUUAAGUUAGUUCUCACGUGGAUAUCUCAUUUUAGAAACUCGUUAUUUUCACCAUCACCUUAAGAAUAUGUCAGAAGUCCGAGGCGCACUUUAGCUUCUCACUGGAAGCUUACACCGUUCACUUGCACAUCAGUUGAUUUUGACUACAGUGUCUCAUUAACUCCUCAAGCUGUGGGGACAGAAAACAACCUUAUACUGUGUGCCAAAAACUGCCCUUUGACCUGUUUUGGUCCUGACAGAGUUUAGUGGUUUCUCUCUCAUGGAUAUUAUUACUACAGCCCCGCCGUAUUUGACUGCAUCUUACCUCGACUGUGCUAAAAUAAUUGGCUUCACUGUGCUGAUUUACUUGUCCAUGGGUGUGUCUUCUGCUGUCCAUGUACAUGAAGUCUUACUCUGCUAAAAUGUCAAUCUGAGAGGCCAUUUUGCUUUCUUUUUUUCAUACUACGAGCUUCCACUGUGCUGACGUCUGUGGCUGGACUGCUCCUCUCAUCUAGUUUCUACUGCUUCCACAACUUUUCAGUCUGAAUGUUGUCUCGAAAUUAGGGGGCCUUGCGAGCCAGUAGAAACUACAGUACCAAUGUUUUGAAUUCAGUCUGCAAAUUCAGUCCCUUUUUGGAUUCUGCUUUGCAUGUUCGCCUGUCUACCAAAGUCUUACAGAACACACAGCACAAAAAUAGUUCAAAUCUUGCCUAAGACUGUGGUGAUUGUCAUUGGAUGAAGGUGAAAUUUGGCAGUGCCAGACAGGCUCAUUUCUGGAAAGGUGAAGUAUUGGCAGCAGCUUGUGUUGCUGGGAGUUUGCAGCUUGAUGUAAUCGUUUCACUCAGUGCUUGACUGUGUUUUGAAAAUGAAUGGAGCUUCAGCUAGGUGUAGAAGUGCCCUUAUCCUGUACCUCGCUCUAUUGUUCUUCUUCCGUCUGACAAACAGACAGCUCAGAUUUGUUCUAAGUGUCCACGUGUGUGCAUUUUGUUUCACUUAGUGCUCGGCUGUGUUUGUCGUUUCGUUCAUCAUUAUCAUCUCUACUCAUGUCAAUGUUCAGCUGUAACCAGGAUACACACAAACACUCAAGCCGAAGUACCUUUUUGUAACCUUCUCGAGCACAACAGUGCUUGCUCUAGGACUGCUGUUACACAGUGGACUGUUAGAUACACUUUUCAGAAUACUUUCAGAGGUUCAGGUUUGUGUUUGGACUCAGAGCGCCCCCCCCUCUCCUUCCCCAGUGUUGGCAAACCUCCACUGACUUAACUCAGUCUGUUUAGUUCUUAAGUACUGCUGUAGCAUCUUAUCUGGAGUGGCUGAAGACAUGUCUGAUCUCUAAUGUUGCUUUAAGCAGUUUUCUUGUAUGCCUGUUAUUUAGACCUCCUCAUGGGUUAUGCUUGCAAUGCAAUGUCAUUUUUUGAUAUUAUUACUAACAGUACAGUAUUUUUCUAUGUCUGAGCAGUGAACUUAAACACACCACUGUCAUUUUUGUAUAUCUGCACCCCUGUUCUCUUUAAACUUGUAGUGCCCUUAUGCAAAGCAUCCAGCCAUCGCUAUACUUCCGCUGUAGGUGAUCUGAUGACUUUUGCUCCAUUUUUUUUGUUUUGUUUGUGUUGCUCUGCUGCGAUGUGUUGAUGGAUUUAAGACUGCUAAAUCUCUAAAGGACACAAAUGGAAAUAAUGUUAAAUGUAAGAUUGGACUUUUUUCCUUUAAUUUUGCCUACUUUCUUUCUUAUGUUGUACUGUACGAUGACUCUCAAAACAUUGCAAGUGUUAGAGGGGCAAUGUUGAAUCAGACAAAAGUAAAAGGAUGACCAAUAUGCAAGAGGAAAGACAAAAACACACUACUGCUGUACAGGGAGGUUUUCUUCAGUUUGCAUACAUGUAAUCACUGAGAUGACGAAACUAGCAUCAUUGGUUUGUAUUUUUAUUUCAGGCUUGAUAAUAUCCUAAAUGUCACCCUGGUCAGUUUUUGUCUUGUUUAUUUUAUUUUUUUUCAUUGGACAGUUGUAAUAAUUGCAAGUUGUGGUCUGUGUAGUCAAAAUAAUUCUUUAUGUAGUGCAGGACAACUUGUCUUUAAAAGUCAUUUGUAAUUUAUUGGAUUACUUUCUAUGAAGUUCUAUAGAGGAAAUUGAGGUUUAAUUAUUUUUAUUAAACAUAUUCUUCUGACUAUCAAGAA